UUGUAGGGUUCACCCGGAAGCGGAAGUGUCGCGGCAGCCUGCUGCGUGUGGGGAUCGUUUCGCUGCGUUCGAGGAGCGGGAGAAGACGCCGCCGAGGCCGAGCGGGGCAGAAGCGGGGCGGUAGCGGGGCUGCGGGGCAGCCGCCAUGGCGGACGUCACCGCUCGGAGCCUGCAGUACGAGUACAAGGCGGUGAGUGGCGCGCGCGGGGGGGUACGCGGGGCUAUGAAGCGGGCUUGUGGUUAGUGGGCAGUGCUCACCGUUUGCUCCAGUCAGACCACAUCCUCUGAAACCUGACUGGAGUUCAGUGGGUCUGUUCUGAAUAUGGCUACAAAUAUGGCUGCAGACGGGGCUUAAAUUUUCAGCCGGAACUCACCGGGACUGAGUUCCGCUGCGUGUCGGAGGCGACGUUGUAGUGCGGCCGCAAGCAUGCCAGCAGUUGGGCGGAGAAGCGUCCCUCACCCCAAAAAAGCGUUGUUUCCCCCUACAGAAGGCUUUGGCUCCCCCUAGUAUAGUACUUUUUAGGUGCUUUAAUGUUUCAUAAUAAAUUAUAAAAAUACUGUUUUUUAAAGAAAUCAUUUUUAAUGAUGUCCCAAUAAAAAUAGCCAAUCAAUAUAUCCACAUCAUAGUCUGGACCUCUGAAGCGUAUCUCCAAUCCUGCCUCCUCUCAUUGUUUUCAUAUUUUCCACAUCCCAGUCCUAACGCUUUAAUUAUAAAAAUACUGCUGAUUGUUAGUAUUGUUAAUUGUUUAUAAUAUUACUAGGAAGAAGUUGCUGUUUUUUGUGGUGAGAAUGAAGAAGCUCUUUUUGACCCCCUGACUCCCUUUCCUUGCAGGCAGGGCAGGCAGGAAGCAGCCCAAUCUGUAAGGCCAGCUGAGAGGUGGCACCUGUCAGCUUGCAUGAUGCUGCACUGAUCUCUUGGAAGUUGAGCGGGAGGAAUUUCUCCUCCCACACCCUCAGGGCUAGCAGCGGCAAUUUAAAUCUGAAAUCUUAGGCACAGUAUACUGCACCAAGAGUUCAGAAACUGCUCACACUAAUGAAAUCUCCUGUCACAAAACAUGCCUAACACUAUGGGAGUUUUGGACGCUGCUGGAUGAUGAUGGAUUACAACACCCAUCAUUCCUGACCAUUGGUCAUGGUGGUUUGGGCUGAUGGCAGUUGUAUUCCAACAAGUUCCAGAGAGCCAUAGGUUCCUCGCCUCUGUAGUAAAGUAACACAGUUGCCCAUUUUAAUAAAAACAGCAGGAAUUACAUAACAUUUUUACUGUUCAAAGCAAAUAAUAUACAAAUCUCUCAGACCAGUUUUACUAUCUCCUUCCUACUGUGGAGAAUAGGUGUCUUCCUGAUGCCACCUAGUGAAUUUGAGUGAGCUGAAAUUUGACUCACAGAUCUUGGGAUUGUAACACAAGCUCUUAACCACUACAGCAGGUGGUGUUUUGCAAACUGCUGCUGACAAUGAUGUGAAACCCUAGAGCUGAAGUUGUCUAUUACUUUUAUUCUUGAUAGAAGUCAAUAAUUGUGGGAGGGGUAUGGCAAAGGAGGCUCUUCUAAUAGCAGAAUAUUUGACAAUAUGUUUCAUUUCCUUCUUCUUAAACUUGAGAUUUUCUCUCCCCCUCCCAUUGUCUUCUUGAUUCUUCCAGAACUCUAAUCUUGUACUUCAAGCUGAUCGCUCCCUGAUUGACAGGACCCGGCGUGAUGAACCUACGGGAGAGGUCCUGUCGUUGGUGGGGAAGCUGGAAGGAACUCGAAUGGGUGACAAGGCCCAGAGGACCAAACCCCAGAUGCAGGAGGAGAGACGAGCAAAGUAGGUGAAGACUAUUUAAUAUGUUCUUUUGUCUGUUGUGUAAUAGCUCACUGAAUUCUAGAGUUGGAUCCAAUAAUUGAAAGUCUGUGCUUAUCAUAUUCAGGCCUUUGUCACUAAUCAGCUGAGCUAAGUGCUCAGUUGUUCAGGGAACUUCUUUUUUUAAUUUGUGUUUUUUAUAAUUUUAUUUUUGUAUUUUCUAUUUUACCUAAACAAACGAAAUAAAAACAUAAACAUAAAAUCCUAUUUGACUUCCCUCCCCCCAUCGUGGAUCUUAAUAUAAUCAUUUCCCCCUCCGCAUCUCUUUUUAUAACUCUAUUCUUACAAAUCCUUUAUCAUUCCAUUCUUCAAAUUUUUACUACAAGUUUUCUGUCAGUCCUACCAAUGUGUGUAAUUGUUUACAAUACUUUUUCAUAUAGAUUGUAGACUUUCCCCAUUCUUUAUUAAAGUCCGCCUCUUCUUGGUUUCUAAUUUCUUCUUGUAAGUUUUGCCAUCUCAGCAUAGUUCAUCAGUUUUAUCUGCCACUCUUCCUUGGUCAGAGUUGUACCAUCUUUCCAUUUCUGGGCUAACAGAAUCUGCACAGCUGUGGUCGCGUACAUAAAUAGUUUCAUCUGGUCCUUCGGGGUCUCUGGACCUAUAAUGCCUAAGAGAAGAGCUUCUGGUUUCUUAGGAAAAGUUAUUUUCAAUAUUUUUUUCAAUUAAUUGUAUUAUCAUUUCCCAUAAGUCUUUUAUCAUCUUAAAUGACCACUACAUGUGAUAAAAAGUACCCUCUUUCUUUUUCCAUUUCCAAAAUGUUUUAGACUUUGAUUUAUAGAUUUUAGCUAAUUUACUAGGAGUUAAAUACCAACGAUACGUCAUUUUCAUAUAGUUCUCCUUCAAAGUGUAACAAGCUAAAUUUUAAUCCUGUUGUCCAUAUUCUCCCACACUGCUAAUUCCAUAUUAUAACCAAAAUGCUUCACCCAGUAGACCAUAACCAAUUUGACCUGUUCUUUAGCUUGCCAAUUUAAUAGAAGUUUAUACAUUUUAGAAAUUAACUUAGUUUAUUCUCUAACAGUUCCCUUUCAAACUGGGAGGUUUUAUUUAAACAACCCUUCUUUUUGUCAAACACUUCAUUAAGUUGGUGAUACUGCAGCAAAUCAGUUUCUAAUUCUCUUAUAUCUUCAAACCUCCUUAAUUUUAAAUCUUGAUCUACUUCUAUUAAUAAUUCUUUGUAUGUUGCACGAUCAUUUCUCAUAUUCCUUUUUUUUUUACCAGUAUUGCUUCAAGUGGAGAGAGCCACCAUAGUGUUUUGUGUUCCAAUAAAUAUUUGUAUUUGUCCCAUACUUCAUUUUUAUCACAUAUAUCCUCCCUAUAAGUGAUAAGUUCAUCCUUCCCCAGAUUUCUAGGCUCUUCUUAACUCUAGACUUUCACUCAAUUACCUUUAAAAAUUUAAUCUGUAACCCUUGGUAUACUGACCAAAAGUUCCUCUACCGAUAUCACUACAUUGUUGGCAAAUGCCUUAAGUUUAUAUGUUCUCUGCCCCACUGUUAGCCCUUUUAUCUCUCCAUCAGAUCUAAUUCUUUUAGCUAGAACCUCUAAAACCAAUAUAAACAAUAACGGUGACAAGGGGCAGCCUUGUCUUAUCCCCUUAGUAAAUAACGUCUUAACAGAAAAAAUUAAAAGAACUAUCAGCAUAGCAUAUUGGUUAGAAUAAAUUACCUCAAUUGCUUUCAAGAAUGUCUCUCCACAGUUCAUCUUUUCUAAAAGUUCUGUCAUAAAAGUCCAUGAAAUGUUAUCAAAGGCCUUUUCUGUGUCUGUAAACAUCAGCGCUGCUUUUUAUCAUUUUUUACUUCAGGGUAUUCUAUAAUAUCAGUUAUGUUCCUUACAUUAUCCUUCAACUGCCUGCCCAGGAGGAAUCCGGCCUGAUCUUGAUGUAUUAUGUCCUUUAAUACGGAUUUCGUCUGUUUCGCCAGUAUAGAUGCAAAUAGCUUAUAGUCAAUUGUUCAAUAGAGAGAUCGGCCUGUCAUUUUUAACUGACAUUAGAGUCUUGUUUCGGAAUAAGUGUAAUAUAAGCAUUAGUCCAUGAAUUUGGAACAUUUCCUGCUACUAAAAUUUCAUUCAUUACACCUUUCAGUAGUUGGAGUAAGAAGUCCUGUAGUUUCUUAUAAUAUUUUGCUGAUAGUCCAUCUGGCCCUGGUGCUUUACCUAUUUUGAGCUGGUUUAUUACCUGUUGUAUUUCCAUCGUUGCUAUAGGGGCAUUUAAGUUGUUCAGGGAACUUCUAGCCUGCUCCUUUAUUUUAACUGACAGCAACUCCGAUCUUUCCCAUCAACUACUCCCUGAUCCUUGUAGCUGAAGAUUAAACCUGGGCCUUCUGCAUGCACAAUAUAUGAUUCACUGCUGAGCUACACCCUUGAAAACAUGGUAGUACUCCAACAUCAGUAAAAAUAACAUUAUUCCCUAAGAUAGUAGUAGUAGUAAUAAUAAUAAUAAUAAUUAAUAAAAUAAAAUAAAAAACUUAUGUGCCGCUCAUCUGACUGGGUUUCCCCAGCCACUCUGAGCAGCUUACAACAAAUUAAAACACAAUACAACAUCAAACAUUAAAAAUUUCCCUCAACAUGGCUGCCCUCGGGAAAGAAGCAUGUGCUUUCUGUGUGUGUGCAUGUGCUUAUCUCUUCUGGCUAUGAAUUGGUCAGGUGUUCUCUUUCCUGAUUGUGUGCCAUCGAUCUCAUCUUUCUAGGAGGCGGAAGCGAGAUGAGGACAGACAUGACAUUAACAAGAUGAAAGGUUACACUCUGCUUUCUGAGGGCAUUGAUGAGAUGGUGGGAAUUAUCUACAAACCCAAAACCAAGGAGACCCGAGAAACCUAUGAAGUCUUGCUGAGCUUCAUUCAGGCAGCUCUUGGAGACCAGGUGAGUGAAGAAAGUAAUCCUCUAGGGGCAUUGAUUAACUAGAUGCCUAAUAUCCCCGUGUGUUCUGCUCUGUGUAUGGACCAAAGAGAGUAAUAAUGUAAGCAUAUGAAGCAUUUUAAAUUUCUGUAGUUAUACCAAUAUCCGGCAUUAUGUGUUCAGUUAACUUAAUUGCACAAGCCUAGCAAAUAAUGUAAUCAGCUAACACUAAAUAUAUGUGGCUUAGCAAUUAGGAAUCAUUUCCUUCCGUGGUGGAGCUGAGAUGGUAGAAAUGCAAAUGAAUACAAGAAAUAAAUAAUAACAAAUGGGGACAUUUCUCAGAGAUGUAUUUUAUUUCUAUUAAAUGAUUUUCUGGUCUUGUGUCUGCAUGAUGUGUCCACCAUCUGAAAUAUUGCACCUGCUUCCCUUCGUUUCACACCAUAGAAAAAACAGUGCUUAUCCUGAAGUAAACUCAGGUAUAUGGAGACGUACUCGGAAAUACAUGUCAGACCUGUAAUGAAAUAUUGUAGUGUAGGUAAAGGUAAAAGGUAAAGGACCCCUGGACGGUUAAGUCCAGUCAAAGCCGACUAUGGGGUGUGGUGCUCAUCUCGCUUUUCAGGCCGAGGGAGACGGCACUUGUCCACAGACAGCUUUCUGGGUCAUGUGGCCAGCAUGACUAAACCGCUUCUGGUGCACAGAGGACCGUGAUGAGUGCUAGAGUGCAUGGAAACACCAUUUACCUUCCCGCUGUAGCGGUACCUAUUUAUCUACUUGCACUGGUAUGCUUUAAGACUGCUAGGUUGGUAGAAGCUGGGACAGAGCAACAGGAGUUCACCCUGUUGCAUGGAUUUGAACUGCUGACCUUCCGUUCGGCAAGCCCAAGAGGCUCAGUGACCACAGCACCACCCACAUCCCCAAGUAAUUUAUUCUGUGAGAUGCUCAGGGAAGGCAUUUAUCCUUCCAUAUCCCAUUUUUUUCUUUAAACUGGUAGUCAGCAUUCUGUGACAACUGGGCAUACUUAAUCCUCAUUGACUUUUUGGGUGGAGAGGGUCAUCACAGAAUCAUAGAAUUGUAGAGUUGGAAAGGAUACCUAGGGUCAUCUAGUCCAACCCCCUGCAAUGCAGGAAUAUCAACUAGGUCAUACAUGUCAGAUGACCAUUGAGCCUCUGCUUAAAAACCUCUCAAGUGGAAGUCUGCUCCACUGUCAAACAGUUCUUCCUGUCAGUGUAAUUUUAAAAGUACUAUUUAUAUUUCUGCAAAACUUGGCAUUUUCCCAAGCUUGUUGAUGCACCUCUUGUUUGUCAGUUACCCCUUUUAGCUCCAAUCUUGUUGGCACUCAUUACCUGAGUUGGGCGCUAGAGUAAGUCAAGUCUUGUUUCUUGCAGCCCCGAGACAUUCUCUGUGGAGCUGCUGAUGAAGUCCUGGCGGUCCUCAAGAAUGAAAAACUACGCGACAAGGAGCGACGGAAAGAAAUCGAUCUGCUGCUGGGACAGACGGAUGACACCCGCUAUCAUGUGCUGGUGAACUUGGGCAAGAAGAUCACAGACUAUGGCGGGGACAAGGAGAUCCAGAACAUGGGUAGGGCCUGCAGCCUCAGGAUCUUUUAGCUUCUUCUGUGUUUAUCAGUUGGAUACUAAAUUCUGUACAGAAUAAUAAAGGUUUUCAGAGCCACUUAAAAAUUACUUCAUAUAAUACUGCACCAGCUCUCAGGCUUACAGUCUAAAAAUGUAUGACACAAAAGGAAAGUGGUUUGGGAUGGAGGAAAAAAUAAGUAAACUCAGGUACAAGUUCUUAGUUGGAAGUUCAUCUCAUGACUAGCUGGGAUGGAAAGGUUAAAGGAGAGGAGCUAAAAGUUUGAGAUUCCUGCAUUGCAGGAGUUGGACUAGAACUAGAUGACUCUCAGGCUCUCUUCCAACUCCCCAUUCUAUGAUUCUAUGACCUACGCUGCUGGAGUGGCCCUGAUUCUCUUCUCUCCUCUCCUCUGCUGUAGCGUGAUGUAGCGGCUGAUGCCAGGUGACAGUUGAUGAAGGGAGGAGCCUGAUUUCUUAGCACAGCUGGGAGUUAUAGUAGUGAAAUUGUAAAGUUGUUCCUGAAUGGUUGCUAUAGGUAGUAGAGAGAUUAGAGCUAAGUAUUGUUUCCCAGUCCUGGACAUCAAAUAGCACUGAGAUGUGAAUAAGUUUGGAAGCCUCUGCUAAUGUGUUCUCAUGGCAGAAUGUGGUGGCUGUUGGGCAGGGUAGCUCAUGUUGAGGAGACAUCAUAGUUGACUGAUGGAGCACGUGUAUUACAUGUUCAGCCCUUAACAACUCCAGUUAGAGCUUCUUGGGUAACCCCAGCGGGGGGAAUUUCCUCCUUUGAGGAGCCAAUUUCAGCCAGAGUUUAAUAGUAGGCUAGCUUCAUAUGUUGGCUCCCAGAUGCCUCCUGCAGCUAUUGAGGUAUCCACCAUGCACUGAAUUCUGCUGCUUAUGUGCCAGUACAAACCACUUUAAAUGUUGGUUAGUGGUAGCAUGCAAAGUUGUGACUAGUGCUUUUGAAGAGCACAGUCUGACAUUCUGCACAGCUGCAUUACAGGUUGCUUAUGAGCAUGGAUCAUUGCUUGCCUGCCUUCAGAGGACACUGCUUUUCAAAUAAAGCUCAGGAUUAUUCUAUAUAGUACACGUGACCUCUUCUGCUCACAUGAUGUUGCUUGUUUCUGAUUUUUGUCCUCCUUUGUAGAUGACAACAUUGACGAGACCUAUGGGGUGAAUGUGCAGUUUGAGUCUGAUGAAGAGGUGAGUGAUUCAUUUGGGGUCAAUGGAUAUGCAUAUUCCAGACAAGCAGAGGGUGGCCCUUUUGUCUGCAUGCACCCCCAAGGAGAAAGAGCAUUCCAUUUUCUUCACGAUGAUGGGAGUUUGAAUGUAGGCAUCCAAUAAAAUUUAUCAUUUGCCCGAUAAUAAAUGUUGGAAAUGUAAAGAAACUGAAGGUACAUUCUUUCACCUUUGGUGGACGUGCCCAAAGAUUAAGGCUUUCUGGGAAAUGAUAUAUAAUGAACUGAAAAAGGUAUUUAAAUAGACCUUUCUGAAGAAACCAGAGGCCUUUCUCUUGGGCAUUGUCGGCCAACUGGUGCCAAAGAAGCACAGAACCUUUUUCAUGUAUGCUACAACAGCAGCAAGAAUACUUAUCGCAAAGUAUUGGAAGACACAAGAUCUACCCACUUUGGAAGAAUGGCAGAUGAAGGUGAUUGACUACAUGGAAUUGGCGGAAAUGACUGGCAGAAUCCGAGACCAGGGAGAAGAGUCGGUGAAAGAAGACUGGAAAAAAUUUAAGGACUAUUUACAGAAAUAUUGUAAAAUUAAGGAACUUUAGAAGGAUGCUGGAUAGAAAUUAAGAGGUUUUUAGCUGUAAUGCUUUAAGAGACAUGGAAAAAAAAAAAAAGGUUAACAAUUGGGUAAAAGAUUAAUGGUAAGGAUUUGCUGAACCAACAAACUGAAUUGGAAUACAAAGAAGGGAGGUAUGAGGAGGUCUGGGGAAUAAGAGUAAGGAAGAUAGGUUAUGGAACAUUAGUGUGUUUUUAACUGUUUUAUUUUGUAUGUUUUUUCUUACUUUUUGCUUUUUUGCUGUAAUUUACACUUUUUUCUUUGUUUUCUGUAUUUUUGUGAAACUUUAAUAAAUAUCAUUAAAAAAAAAAAAUGAAUGUAGGCAUCCAAUAAUCACACAAGCAGUCCUCUCUUUUCCCAUGUCCUUUUUCUAAGAUUAUCUUCCUUUCCAGUUUAUGGAUGGCAGUCAGUGCUGGUCCUGCUCAGCAGAUCCAUUGAUGUUAGUGGACAUGACUAGGUUAGGUUCACUAAUUUCACUUGGUCUGCUUUGAGUAAGGACUUAGUUGAAUACAACCCUGAGUUUGUGAAGUGUUGCCAACAUGUUAGAAAACUCUACAUUUGAUGUUUUUAACAUUAAAGUGACACUGGUAGCUGCAAUACUACUGUUUAUUAUUUUGUACCAAUUGACUUGAUUACAUGGUAUUUCCUUCCUCCAAGGAGUUCAAACCAGUUUGUAUUUCUCUCCACUCCUUUCUGUUUUAUCCUUCCAACAACCCUGUGAGGUAGGUUAGGGUGAGAGUGAAUGUCUGGUUGAGUGAGAAUUUGAACCCUGGUAGUAGGCUAUUAACAUUUACAUAAGAAUUAGGAUAAUAACACUAUACCUUGGAAGUCGAAUGGAAUCCAUUCUGGGAGUCUGUUGACUUCCAAAACAUUCGAAAACCAAAUUGUGGCUUCUGAUUGGCUGCAGGAAGCUCCUGCAACCAAUCAAAAGCCGUGGAAGCCCCACUGGAUGUUCGGUUUCCAAAAGAAUGCUUGCAAACCAGAACAAUCACUUCCGGGUUUGCGGCGUUCAGGAGCGAAAAGGUCCAGGGUGUUCGGGAUCCAAGGUACGACUGUAGCAAUUUAUAGAAGGAUGUAUGGGACUAUUGUAUACUGCAUUUUUGCGCGCGCGCGCGCGCGCACACACACACACACACACACAUAUAUAUUCCUUUUUAUAUUUAUCUUUGUUCUUUUAUUCCUUUUUUCUGUCUCUUUUUUUUAAAAUUAAAAUCACUUCAAUAAAAUAUAAAUAACAAAAAAAAAGUUUGAUCAGCGAACAAUACAGUGGUACCUUGGUUUAAGAACAGCUUUGUUUAUGAACAACUUGGAUUAAGAAUGCUGCAAACCCGGAAGUAGGUGUUUUGGUUUGUGAACUUUGCCUUGGAAGCAGAACAUGUUCCGCUUCCUGUUGAGUCUGUUCUAUUUGUAAAUUGAGUCCCCCACUGCUAUGGGAAAGCAUGCCUUGGUUUAAGAACGCUUUGGUUUAAGAGCAGACUUCCAGAACGGAUUAAGUUCGUAAACCAAGGUACCACUGUAUCUAGUUCCAAGUAGAGGUUUUCUUCUAGGCCUCAACUCCUGCCUGCCUUUGCUUUAAUGUAACAUCACUUCUGGUAGAUGUUCAACAGUGGUAGUCUUUGGUUCUCCUAACAGAGAUGUUAUGUGGUUGAAAGUGUUGUGGUAUGUCCUUGGAAAGGGCACUGAACAUGAACUAUCUUGCACCCACAGGAGGGUGAUGAGGAUGUUUACGGUGAAGUACGGGAUGAGGCUUCUGACGAUGACAUGGAAGGAGAUGAGGCAGUGGUUCGCUGCACCCUUUCAGCCAAUGUGAGUCAUGCAGGGAAAAAUUCAAAGGCUUUUGCCAUUUAUUAGGGUGGUGACUGUCAAUAGCCUGUAUGCAUAUGUCCAGAAUAACUUAAGAAUCUCUGAUACUAUGUGGAUUAGGAGAACUUCCUAACUCCUUAGGGGAAUAUCCCGUACUGUGGAGGAAAACACUACACAUGUGGCCUUCCUCACCAAGUUCUUCUUAUGCCUUGUGUGCUGUAAGCUUUCAUGUCUGUGUGCCAAGUAAGUUGUGCAGAUAAUUCUGUUUCUCUUAGCUUGUGGCCUCAGGUGAACUGAUGAGCUCCAAAAAGAAAGACCUGCACCCCCGAGACAUCGACGCUUUCUGGCUGCAGCGGCAACUGAGCCGUUUCUAUGAUGAUGCCAUCGUAUCCCAGAAAAAAGCUGAUGAAGUGCUGGAAAUCUUAAAGGUGCUCUGUUUUCUUCUGUUUCUUUCUGGUUGCUUGCUUCUUUCCUGGACUGGUGCUAGCUGUUAUUGUAUAUUUGUACCUUAAUGUGAAAAACAACAAUAUAUUGCAUGUGUGGCUUCUCUAAGAAGGGAGGAAGACCUGGACCUACUGUGUGUAGUUUCCCAGGUGCUCUGGCUUUUGAAUUGCCUUGAUUCCUGGAAUUGUGCAGGUGUCAACAAUGGGUUAACACACUCAUACACUCCGGCUUAGAAGAGGCAGGGAUCUUUGCCUGAAACGUGGGAUGGGUGACUCCCUUAGCCGCCUCCCUCAAUUUAGUCUCUGCCUUGUCUAUAUAGAGCUGCAUUUUAGAUUUCUGCUUUCAGGUUCCUGCUUUAUUUGUUCGUAUUUUUCUACUUUUACUUUGGUUCUCUUGGCAGCUCCUUUUAGGUUUUGCUUUUUCUCCAUCAUUUUUAAAAUCUGCCCUGAAUGGUUGGGAUCUGGAAGGCCAGUGCCAGAACCUGUGCCUGUCUUCCUCUUGAGACCUCAAGUCAUGGUCUUCUGGGUACUUUCUCUCCUGAGGUGGGAGAGGAAUAAUAGAAUCUUAGAGUUGGAAGGGACCCAAGAGUCAUGGGUCAUCUAGUCCAGCUUCCUGCAACGCAGGAAUCCCAGCUAAAGCCUCCAUGAGAGAUGAAUAUCCAACCUCUGCUUAAAAACUUCCAGUAGAGUGGCACUAUUACUUCCCUGUAAUAUCACGGGGGGCUUUGUCAAAAGCUUUACUGAAAUCAAGAUACACUAUCCACAGCAUUUCCCUGAUUCAUUAAGUUUGUAAUUCCAUCAAAAAAAGAAAUCAGAUUGGUCUGGCAUGACUUAUUUUUGAGAAACCCAUGCUGGGUCUUAAUAAUCACAGCAUCCUUUCUAAGUGCUCACAGACCGACUGUUGAAUUACCGUAUUUUUCAGUGUAUAAGACGCCCCCGUGUAUAAGACGCCCCUUAUUUUUCGGGAUUUAAGAAAAUGCAGGAAGCUUUUUUGGGGGAGGAUUGCCCAGAGUUGUUGACCUUUUUUGGGGGAGGAUUGCAAAAGUGCGCUAUAUAUUCUAAGACCUUCCCUGGUAUCAAUAUCAAGCUCACAGGUUGGUAGUUUCCUGGGUCUUCCUUUUCCCCCUUUUUAACAUGGGGACAACGUUUGCCCGCCUCAAGUCUGUAGGGACCUCACCUGUGCUCCAAGAAUUCUCCAAGAUCAUAGACAAAGUUUCUGAAAUUACAUUUGCAUGCUCCUUUAGUACCCUUGGAUACAGCUCAUCAGGCCCUGGAGAUUUGAAUUCAUUUAAAGUAGCUAUGUGUUCCCUUACUAUCUCUUUUCCUAUCAUGGGCUGCAGCUCCCUCCUUACAUCAUUUAUUCUGUUAUCACUAGGCUGGGCAUGGUUUCCUUUUGGGUGAAAACAGAGGCAAAGCAGGUGCUGAAUAAUUCCACCUUCUCUCUGUCACCCAAUGGCAUUUCUUCGUCUUCUUCAUGCAAAGGACCUACCACUUGUUUGUUCUACCUCUUACUUCGGACAUAGCCAAAGAAAUCUUUUUACAAAUUAUUAUUAACCUAUAUUGCAGGCCUGAACUCAUACUGAGCUUUAGCCAGCCUGACUUUUCCCCUGCAACUGUUGGCUACUCGAGUAUACUCCUCCUUUGUGAUUUCCUCUUUCUUCCAUUUCUUAUACAUGCCCUUCUUAACUCUCAGCUCAUCUGUAAGUUUAUACAUCCUAUUUCUUGUUGGUAUUGUCUGCAUUUGGGCCUUCAAUAUUUCUCUUUUUAGAAACUCCCCUCCUCCUUGGACUCCCUUCUCUUUGAGUAUUUUUGACCAUAAGUAGCUUCUUGAACUUUUUGAAAUUGACCUUUUUAAAGUCCAGAGUGUCUCUCUGACUACACUCAGUUUCCCCCUGCCUCUGUAUCCUGAAACCCAGGAGAACAUGAUCAUUUCCUUCCCAGUUUCCGAGUACUUCCAUUUCAUUGAUCAGUUCCUCCCUAUUGGUGGGAACCAGGUCCAAGAUAGAUGAUCCCCUUGUUGGUUCUUCCACCUUCUGGAAAAUGAAAUUGUCAGUGAGGCAAUGGAGGAAUUUGUCAGACCGUACAUUCUUAGCAGAGAUUGACCUGGGAUGCUCCUCAGCAAUUUCUUUUAAAGGGACUUCAAGUCAGUACUCCCUGCCACCGUCCCAGGCCAAAGUUCUGAUGACUUGUUGGGCAAUAUAGGGCUGGCUUCCAGCUGUGUAGCCUGCCCUGGAGAUCAAAGCAGCAUGCUUGUUUCUCUCUCGGACCCCUUGUAGUUUACACAGGAAGGUAGUCCAUUCUCCUAGUCUUCCCCAAGUAAAAGCAGUGUGCUGGUCUUUAACAACCCAUAUCUUAGACAUCUAGUAGUGUCAAACGGCCUAAACAUGUGGGGAUUUCAGAAUUCCAAGACUAGCAAAUGCACACAGUUCCCACUCAUCAAAUUAUGAAACUUAAAAAUUGGAAGUAAGGCAGAUAGAUGGUGAAAGAGAAUUCUGAAAACAAGAGAGCUUGGGGCUCAAAACCUGGUUGCUUCUAACCUAUUCACUAAAAAAAACACAGUAUUUCUAGUCUACUUAUGAGUAAGCAGUGGGAAUGGUCAGCUGCCACUGCAUUGUGGGCAACACAUUUGUGGACUACUUGAUAGAGGGAGGGGACAAAGCUGCAUAGAACAGGUCAGCUUUUGAUGUUUCUCUCACCCCACAUUGGAGUGAGUGGUACAUACCUCCAUCUGCCCAAUGACAGCCAAUGUCAUGUUUCAUAGGUGAGCAGGGAAUACUUUUGCCAGAGGCUUGGGAAGGGGACAAACCUCCCCUGGUGUAAUGGGAGAUGGGCCAUUUCAAGUGUAAACUGGAUUUUUCUAUUUUCCCGGCAUCUUCCUGUCAGCCAUUCCUGGGGAUUUGAAUAACUGGUGGGAGAUGCAUGACGCCUUUCUUAGGGGAAAAGAGAAGCAAUUGAGCAAUUUCCUUUGUCACAUGACCUAUUUCCACUGCUCCCCUUUCAUGUCUCCCCAGACUGCCGGCGAUGACAGAGAAUGUGAAAACCAGCUUGUCUUGCUUCUGGGUUUUAAUACAUUUGACUUCAUCAAAGUGUUGAGGCAACACAGAAUGAUGAGUGAGUGCUUCCUAUAUUGUUAUUAUGUAGAGAUCUCAAAAUAUUGGGUUGUCUGAAAUCUUGGCGUGCACAGAGAACUUGGAGUUGUAUGGAGAAAUUUCUUACCUAGCAGUUUCUUACCUUCUAUAAAAAGCAGUGCAAGUGAAAUAACACCCCCUACCAGCCCUCUGCACAUGCCAAAAGACUUGAGAGAGAGAGGUGGUGUCUUAUCACAUUUGCACUAAGAUAUUUAGAUAAGAAUGGCCUAACUUGGAUUGAUAUGAAGUACAGUGGUACGUUGGAAGUUGAAUGGAAUCCAUUCCGGAAGUCCAUUCGACUUCCAAAACAUUCGGAAGCCAAGACACGAUUUCCAAUUGGAAGCCGCGGAACAUUCGCAAACCGGAACACUCCCAGGUUUGUGGCGUCUGGGAGCCAAAAUGUUUAACUUGCAAGGCGUUCUGGAUCCAAGGUACAACUGUACAACGUUUCAUUAUUGUGUGGUUGCUUUUUUGUGUAUUAAAUAGCACCUGUGUGUCCACCAAUCCAGAUCAGGACUGUCACAGGGCAUAGAUAGUGUUAAAAUGUGGUUAGUUGUGUGAGUUGAGGACUAUUAAUAAAAAACAUGGGAGAGAAGAGACAGCAGUGCAGAAUGAAAAUAUGCUGCCCUAUUUUGUACUUCUACAGGUAGCUGACAUAUUUAAAAAUUAAACUGAGCCCUAAAUACCUAUUAGAAGAAAGUUAAUACAGAUCCCUAGAAAUACAAAUUCUGCACCAGAUCAUUUGCCUCUGGGAAGUACAGACAAAAAAGUACAGUCGGUCACCACUCAUUUCCUUUGUUUGUCCUUAAGGGGGAUUCAGUUGUGUGUUUUGUCUGGAGUUCUCAGGAGUAGAAUAAGAUACUACAAUUAUUUGUUUUCUCUCCCAGUCUUGUACUGUACCCUCUUGGCUAGUGCCCAGAGUGAAGCUGAGAAGGAGAGGAUUAUGGGGAAGAUGGAAUCUGACCCUGAGUUGUCAAAGUUCCUGUAUCAGCUACAUGAGACGGAGAAGGAAGAUCUGAUCCGGGUAAGGAUUGGGGAUGGAGGUGGGAAGGAAUCUGGAGUAAAAAUGAUUUAAUUGUGGUGGCUUGCUUAUAUAUUUGGCCUGAAAGCAUCAAUGUGGGUUGCAAUACAUCCUUGUUCCAUUUCACACCAAUGAUUGCUCUGUAAGGCAGGUCAGACCAUGAGAGUGAGUGAAUCUUGGCUGAUCGACUUGCUCAGGCCGUUAGUACAUUACAAGACCAAGCAGAAGUUUCAACUGUAGCCUCCCUUCCCAUGAUUUUACUCAGUGUGGAACAAGUUCAUCAGUUUUGUUGAAUCACUUAAACUAAAUAGUUUUGGAUUUUGAACAUAUGUAAUUAAUUGUUGCUGGUUUGAAUUUUAAUGUGUUAUUAUCUUCCUUAGUGGGUCAUGGAAACUGCUAUUCUGAAACUGCUAUUCUGAAAGCUUUUUUUAUAGUUUAGGGUAGGGGGCACAGGGGAAGAGUUUAUAGAACCAAGGGGGCAGUGGUCUGAAAAUAUUGGGGAACCACUACUCUAUUGUGAGUCUGUAACAGCACAGUCCUAUUAUAUAUGUUAACUUUGGUUCAGUGGGUUUUAUGUCUUAGAAAAAGUAUUUAUUAUUGUGCCUUAUUGGGAAUGACAUACACACAAUGGGCAGUGGAAAGGAAGAAGGAUCAGAAUUGCAAGCUUUUGUAGGCCAAAGUUCAAAUUGGCCACACAAUUUACUACAAGAUGUCAGGAGAGGAGAAAGUGCUGAGUGUAUAUAGGAGCUCACCAUUGUUGAGCAGCCUGGUAUGGAUCCUUGGAACAAAAACUCACCCUAACGUGGAGUUUGUGUCCUCCCACUUCAGGAAGAACGCUCUCGCAGGGAACGUGUCCGCCAGUCCCGCAUGGACACUGACAUGGAAACCAUGGAUCUGGAUCAAGGAGGAGAGGUACUCUUGCUUCACCAAAUAUUCUUAGGUGGGGGGGUCUGAGCUACAUGUGAGGUGCUACACGAACUGGGGGGGAAAUCGUUCCUCAUCUUAACUCCCCUGCUUGUUUAUGAAUGAAAGAUUGGUGGGGUGGGGUUUUUACGGGUUUCUGUGCUAUCGCAUCUUAAUUUAAUGAACUACUUUUGAUGGAAAUUUCCAUUUUGUCCAUUUCAGGCACUGGCCCCUCGGCAAGUUUUAGACUUGGAGGACCUUGUGUUUGCCCAAGGCAGUCACUUCAUGGCCAACAAGCGAUGCCAGCUGCCAGAUGGCUCUUUCCGCAGACAACGCAAAGGCUAUGAGGAAGUUCAUGUUCCUGCGCUGAAGCCGAAGCCCUUUGGUUCAGAAGAGGUUGGUGAUGUGUUUUUUAUUUCCCCUCUAUAUAGACAGCACUUGUGGCAGGGGGCUUGUGGUCUUGACUGCACCAAACACACUCAUUCACAAACUAGCAGCCUUGCUGGAUGCCUUCAGCAAUCAUGAAGCCUUCUUUGCACAUCCUACUGUUUCUUGGUCUCUCAGGCUGGUAGCAGGUUGUAUGCUAACUACUGAUCUACAGUGGUACCUCGGGUUACAUACGCUUCAGGUUACAUACGCUUCAGGUUACACACUCCGCUAACCCAGAAAUAGUGCUUCAGGUUAAGAACUUUGCUUCAGGAUAAGAACAGAAAUUGGGCUCCGGCGGCGCGGCAGAAGCAGGAGGCCCCAUUAGCUAAAGUGGUGCUUCAGGUUAAGAACAGUUUCAGGUUAAGAACAGACCUCCGGAACGAAUUAAGUACUUAACCAGAGGUCCCACUGGAUUGUCUAGUGUCUUGGUGCUUGCACAGGGGGUCCUUGUAUGAACUCGGCCUCUGCUUUUUUUCUGUUGCUCAUUAGAGAGACCACAGAGAAAAAAGCAGAGAUGCUAGUCUAGGCUAGUCUAGACAAUAGCCUGAGACUGUAAAGAGAACCAAGCAAUAGCAGCAGUAUUACCCCAGGAAAAGCUCCAGUUUAAAAAUCCUGGACAAAUAAAGUCUAUAACAGCAGUCUGUUAGGGAGGUUAGGUGGCACCAUUGAGAGAGCCGUGUGACUGGAGCUUUGUUCUCAAAAAAGAAAACCUUGGAAACGUGAGAAAUCCAUCAAGAGGGUCUUCUGUUGGUUCCCUCACUGAGAGAAGCGAAGUUACAGGGAACCAGGCACCCUCCCUGUGGAACGCCUGCCUUCAGAUGUCAAGGAGAUAACAAAUUACACAACUUUUAGAAGACCCCUGAAGGCAACCCUGUAUCAGGAGGUUUUUAAUGCUUUGGUUUUUAUUAUGUUUUAUAUAUGCUGUAGGCUGCCCAGAGUGGCUGGAUAAAUACAGCCAGAUGAGCAUGGUAGAAAUAAUAAAAUGAUGAUGAUAAUGAUGAUGAUGAUGAUGAAGGAGACAUUGUAGCAGCUAACUGCUGCUGAUGUCUUUGUUGAGCAGGUGAUGUCUUAGGAAUUUGGACAAGGCUCUAUGUCCUCCCAGUCACCAGGGCCAUCUUGGAAGAAUUGCUUUGGCAUUUGCUGCCCAUCUAAGAUUUGUCAUCCUCUUUACAACUUUAGUCUGCUUAAUUGCAUCACUGCUUUUAUGGGCCAAUGGGCAGCAUAGGCUCUUUCCUCUAAAGUGACUUCAGAGAGAAUUGUGGAUUUGAACUGCUUCUGUUCCAUCUAUAAGGAUUCUGUCUCAUGAGUUUGUUACUGACUUGCUGGACAAAACCAUUAUUUCUUUUCUUAUUCUCAGCAACUACUUCCUGUGGACAAGCUCCCCAAAUAUGCACAGGCUGGAUUUGAGGGAUUCAAAACACUGAACCGGAUUCAGAGCAAACUGUACCGUGCUGCCCUUGAGACAGAUACAAAUUUGCUACUCUGUGCACCAACAGUGAGUGUUCCUUUUUCUGAUGUCAAAUAUGAUUGAUCUUUCUGAGCCUCUGCACUGUUCCUUGAUUUUUACUAGGGGAAAUGUCUUUCUGGUCUCCUGUUUGAGGGGAGGGAUGGGAGAGUGAGGAUUUUCUUUGACACACUCUUCAUUCCAGGGUGCUGGGAAGACAAAUGUGGCUUUGAUGUGUAUGCUGCGUGAGAUUGGGAAACACAUCAACCUUGAUGGAACAAUCAACGUGGAUGACUUCAAAAUCAUCUACAUUGCACCAAUGAGGUCUUUAGUCCAGGAAAUGGUGGGCAGCUUUGGGAAGGUAAGAGGAAACAGCAGUUGGCUUGUAUAAGACCUUCACCAGGUGGGAGUGGAUGGAGGAGAGGCAGUGUCCAGUGUUCUGAGGAGCUUUUCCACUUGUGCUUAUUAGGUGUAUAAAAUACAUUAUUGCUACUAUCAUUUAAAUUUAUAUGGCAGCCCAACAAUAAAAGUAUCAAGGCAACUUAUAAAAUAAAAGCAACCAAAGUAUUUUAAAAAUAGAAAGAUUAAAACAAAAAGGGUCAGUAAAAACAAGCACUGUACAAGGAAUUAAACGGAAAAGUGUUUGCCAAAACAACUUGCAAUGUAAUAGAUGCAGCACAAUAGGAAAAAGUAGUGGAGGGAAGAGGAAAACAAGCAAGGUUACUUUGUUUGCGGCCAUUCCACCAGUUUUUUUUUAACCAUCUGUUCAAAAGGGCUGGGCCUAUUAGCAGAAGUGUCCAGGCAGCCAAUGGAAAGAGCUUUGUUUGUCUUGCCUCUCUCUCUUAUGGAUGCUAGGGGGAAGAGUCGAUACCUAAUGAGAGCUGUUGGAGAAUAGUGUUUAAGUCUGAAUUAGGGGCUCUUUGGAUCUUUGCUUUGGGCCUAUUAAUCAGUUUAAGGCAGCCUUGUCAUUCAUGCUGCCUAGGGUUGCUGGGAGUUGUAGUCCAAAGCACCUGGAGGGCUCUAGGUUGCGGAAGACUGUUUUCAGGUGUGCCCCACACUCUCAACCACACAUUGUUGUAAUUUAGAGGCAGUACUGACUUGCUGUUAGGGUUUAAACAGUAAUGUGUGUGGAAUACUUGAAAGCACACUAUGAAUGCACAUCUGUUAUUUAUAGCUGUGUUCCAAUUUUCCUUCUAGCGCUUGGCCACUUAUGGCAUCACUGUGGCUGAGCUGACUGGGGACCACCAGUUGUGCAAGGAAGAAAUAAACGCCACUCAGAUAAUUGUCUGCACUCCAGAGAAGUGGGACAUCAUCACCCGCAAAGGAGGCGAGCGUACCUAUACCCAGCUGGUGCGCCUCAUUAUUUUGGUGAGUUGCCUUGGAAACUUCUCGUUGAGCUGUGAUGAGGGUCUGUGCUUCUGCUACACACAGCAAUGCUGGGGAUAUUUUCUGGGUGGGAGAACAUUUGAGACACUCAGAAUUGCAACCAGCCAAAUGUAAUGGUUUCUGGGCUCUAUUGGGGAUGUGUAAAUGGUGUGGUACCCCCCUGAGCAAGGAGGUUAAUGCUUCCUGCAUUUUACAGGAUGAGAUCCACCUCCUGCAUGACGACCGGGGCCCUGUUCUGGAAGCUUUGGUGGCCAGAGCCAUUCGCAACAUUGAGAUGACUCAAGAAGAUGUGCGGCUUAUUGGGCUGAGUGCCACCCUACCAAACUACGAGGAUGUGGCCACGUUCUUGAGGGUGGAGCCUACCAAAGGCUUGUUCUACUUUGACAACAGGUAUGGUGUGUGUGCUGUGGAGAGUCUUCUUUUUUAUUUUUUAUGACUUUCAGUUAUAUGCAUUUCAAUAGUUUUAUAAUCAUUCUCACAUUUCAAAACUCGACUUCAUUCCUCCUCUUUCUGCAGUUCCUUAAAUUUAUUUUUAUCAUUUCCUGCAUAUUCUAAAUUAACUUAACUUACUCUUUUAUUCAUCUACUUUAAAUAUAUACUUUUAUGAAACUGCAGGUUAUUACAAUAAUUCUGCCAAUGUCCUUAUCUGUUUAAAGUUUGUUUGUAAAUAUUAAAUAAACCAUUUCCAUUCUUUUAUAAAAAGUUUGUUAUCUUGAUUUCUUAUUUUUCCACUAAAUUUCACUAUUUCUGCAUAGUCCAUAAGUUUUUGUAUCCAUUCUUCUUUCAUCGGGACUUCUUCUUUCCAUUUUUGGGCAAAUAGCAUUCUCGCCGCUGUAGUCGCAUACAUGAAUACAUUUCUAUACUGUUCAGGUAGUUCUCCCUCUAUAAUUCCCAAAAGAAAAACUUUGGUUUUUUUUUACAAAUGUUAUUUUAAACAUCUUUUUCAAUUCAUUGUAUAUCAUUUCCCAUUAAGCUUUAACCUUUCUAUAGGACCAUCACAUAUGAUAAAAAAAAACAUUUUUCCCCUCUUUGCAUUUCCAACACUUAAUCAGUUUUGAUUUAUACAUUUUUGCCGAUUUACUCGGUAUUCGAUACCAUCUUUAUAACAUUUUCAUGUAGUUUUCUCUUAAACCAUAGCAUGCUUUAAAGUUUAUAUCCGUAUUCCACAAUCGGUCCCUUGUUUCCAUAUCUAUAUUAUAACCAAUAUCUAUUUCCCAAUGUACCAUUGAAGAUUUUACUUGCUCAUCCUUUGUCUCCCAUUCCAAUAAUACCUUAUACAUUUUAGGCAGCACUUUAACAUUGCAUUCCAACAGAUCUCUCUCCAGUUGUUACAUUUGUUUCCCAAACCCUUGUAUUCUAUUUUUCUUAAAUAUUUCAUUCAAAUGAUUAUAUUGUAUCCAUGUUGUUAACUUUCUGAUAAAACCUUAAUUUGUUUAAUUUAAACUCUCCUCCCUCCUGUUUUAAUAUAUUUCUAUAAGUUGUCCAACCUUCUAUCAUAUUCAGCCCAGAAGUGCCUCGACCCCCAGCGCACAGCGGCAGUUGGCUGCGGUGAAGGUGCUGAGGCACCCCCUCAAACGCUGGCUUUGCACGGGGGGCGGGUUAUUUAAAAGGCUUUGCUGAGGUGUGUGCAGCCAUGUGCCCCUCAGCAGAGCAGUUUAAAGAAGUGGGGCUCGGGAGCUGCAGCGGUUUCACUCACCAUAUACUGCGGGGUGAAGCCGCCAUCAUGCUCUGGCCCUCAUCCUGGGUGAUGUAUCACUACAGUCCUAGCCUCAAUAAACCAAGUGUUUCUGCACAAAGUUCUGUGUGCACUAUGUUUGCCUGUAUAUAUUUGCUCUCUAGGUAAAUGACCUGUUUGCAGCUAUGGAGUUGUUUUUUAAUGUCAAACAAGAAGGGCAUGUGCAGUGUAUUUUGUAGGGUAGAUAAAUAUGCCAUUGCUCCUUCACUGUAGAUUUCUGAGGAAGUAAUUGCCUUCUGCAGAUCUUACCUUUUUGCUUGUCACUUACUUGAUGCCUGACACUUUUUGCAGUUUCCGCCCAGUGCCCCUGGAACAGACUUAUGUGGGAAUCACUGAGAAGAAAGCAAUCAAGCGCUUCCAGAUCAUGAAUGAGAUUGUGUAUGAGAAAAUCAUGGAGCAUGCUGGGAAGAACCAGGUAGGUUCUUUCAUCUCUGGGUAAAUUGGGGCAGGGGGUGUGGGAAGAGUGGUUGCAUCUCAAAGAUGCAGGGAACCAGGCAGAGGGCCUUCUCGGUAGUGGCAUCUGCCCAACUACAAGACUUUUUGAAGACAUCUGAAGGCAGCCCUGUUUAGGGAAGCUUUUAAUGUUUGACGGACUAUUGUAUUUUAAUACUUUGUUGGAAGCCACCCAGAAUGGCUGGGGAAACUCAGCCAGAUGGGCGGGAUAUAAAUAAUAAAUUAUUAUUAUUGUUAUUAUUUAUUAUUAUUUUGGAAGAACAACUUGCAAGUGGGUGGAGGCAUCUCUGUGCACCCCUCUUUACCUUCAGGCGUCCUAUUUGGCCAUUGCUUUCUAUCCCCUCCCCCACUUUGAAAUAUCAUUUCUUAAUCUGUUCUUGGCUCAGGGAUGUGGUGAAGUGCAUCUUCUCAGGAAGAGGCAUGCGUUGUUGGGAAUGUCGUCCUGGCUGCUGGGUAGCUGGUGAUUUGGAACUGCAUUAUAGCCUCUAUGGUGUUUCUUCUAUAACCCAGCUGGAGUUCCCCAUUUUGUUGAACAUUGACUUUUUUAUUUUUAUGGGUCUCUUGGUUGUAACUGCAGUGAACUUAAGUGGACAAGAGUUGCAAUUUUAACAUUGGGUACAUUUUGAACAUGCCAAGUCUGACCCAAUAUAACUUACCUUGACAGGUAGCAGCUUCCUGUGAUUUCUCCAGGUGUCAUUCUCAGUGCCGAGGUCUUUUUAACUGGUGGUAUCUGGGUUUUAGAUUGCAAGCCUGAGAGCAGAGGCUGCUUUCGCUUUUUCUUUAGUGACUUUUAAUCCACACUGGGAGCCUCUUCAGCUGAAGAGUGCGGUAAAAAUGCUUUAAAUGAACAGGACCUGGAAUCUUCUGCUUACAAAAACCUGUGCUGCCUCCCCUUUUUUGCCUGGUCCUACAGCUAUAUUUUAUAGUAUAGAGAAAAAGAGGGUGGGCUGCCGUCUAUCUGAAGCACAUAGCAAGCUAAUGUCAUGGUAUAUCUGUUGAGUACCUGUAAGCCCUUCUAAACUGCUCUCCUCUUGAGCCCUAAUCCAGCUUUUCUUUGUACAGACAUUUAGGAAAGAGCAGGCAGAGUUAUGCAUAGUGUUCAUCUGUGUUUUGGGGUUCUCUCUUUCCAGCAGAUGCUGCUGCUGCUUUCAGACAUGUCAAUACAGUCUACUCUCACACAGUAGGGUGGGAAAGGGACUGUUUUCCUCUAUGCCACUGUUAAUUGACUCUGGUGCUCUCCAUUUAUUCAGAAUGUGUGUAUUCUUAUAAACCAAAAAUCAUGUUGGCUCCCUGCAUGAUUUUAGAACAUUUAUCUGAAUGAACAGGGGUCUAAAUCGCAUCUGGAGCCUACCUGCACAGAGCAAGCUCUCCAUUGCAGGCCUCACCCAUAUGGCUAGAAGAGAAUGCAGGGCCAGCAAAUAUAGUUCUUCCCCUUUCCUCACAUGAUGUUGAUCACACGAGGCAGAACACCUUUUGGACUUUUCCGCUUGCACUUAUACUGUCCUCUUUGAUCCCCGUCCCCAAUGGCUUGCUUUCUCAUUGCAUAGCUAUCAUGGACUGAUAACUUUGAUUUCUGUUGUCUCCAAUCAGGUGCUAGUGUUUGUCCACUCCAGGAAGGAGACCGGGAAAACUGCUCGAGCCAUCAGGGACAUGUGUCUGGAGAAAGACACCCUGGGUCUCUUCCUGCGAGAGGGAUCUGCCUCCACCGAGGUCUUGAGGACAGAAGCUGAGCAAUGCAAGGUAUUUAUUUCUGUAUUUAUUCAACCUUUAUCUACCACUUUGUCAUAUUUAAUUUGUAUAAUGAUUCACAAAUUAACCCAUAUAAAUUAAUACCAAAAUAACCAAACCAAAAAAUAAUUGGCAAGAAACAAUGCAGUGAUAAAAUCUGUGUCAGAACCAGAAAAUAAAGUGGUUUGCUUUCAAAGGCCAAGUGAAACCUUUUCUUUUCAUAAGUCUUGGGAAAGAGUCCCUUCCCCUAGUGGAAGGUCAGCCCAGGCUCCUCAGAGGAUAGAAUUCAGAGAUUCACCAGAAUAUCUUUAGUGCUUGCUAGCACCUCUUUUCUUUCUCUAGAACAAGUUCGCAUCUCUUCCUUCACUUAGCUACAGAAAAUCAGGAAGCAUUGGGGUUUUUUUGACGGCAAUGUUGUUGUUUUUUGCUCACAGAAUUUGGAGCUUAAAGACUUGCUGCCCUAUGGCUUUGCAAUUCACCAUGCUGGCAUGACCAGGGUGGACCGAACAUUGGUGGAAGAUCUGUUUGCAGACAAGCACAUCCAGGUAUGACAGCAGAUUUCCCCCAGCAAAAUAUUUGAAGGCGUCACCCCCUCCAAAGUUGAUGGGCAUUGAGUUGAAAGACAGGGAGGAGGGCAAGACAACAAACAGCAGGUGGAGCUUGGGGUAGGCAGAAUCCCAUAACAUGCUUGACAUAGAGGCACACGUGAACUUUAAGUUGUCAUGGUGGGGAGAGAGCAAGACUAGAGACUGGGAAGGGAAAGAAAUAGAUUCAGGGGUGGAAGGCAUAUGGAGAGUGAAACUAGGGGUUGGGGAAAGAGGUUAAGAACUGUGGGAAGAAAUAGGUUGAGGGACUGGGAUGUGGGCAAAGAAAGAUCACGGGUAGGGACUGGAGGGGCAGACUUGGGAGACAAAGGGGUGAGCAUGGGGAGCUUUUCUUUCUCCUAGCACAGCACUGAAGCAAAACAAUCUUGUCAUGGUUCCCUCUCUGCUGUAAACUGAUGUAGCGCAGCCUGUCUGCUCUUCUCCUGCUUACCACCCAGUCUCCAAAGAUGGUUGAUGGCAAAGCUCUAUUAAAAUUGGGUGCCACUUUUAAUCCCCACCCCCGGUGUAUUGCAGCAUUGUCGGGAGUUCCUUUGAAACUAAGCAGAAGAUUCUUUCAACCCUGAUAUUUUCCCCUUACAGGUUUUGGUAUCCACAGCAACUUUGGCUUGGGGUGUAAAUCUUCCUGCUCACACCGUCAUCAUCAAGGGGACACAGGUGUACAGCCCAGAGAAAGGUCGCUGGACUGAACUGGGUGCCCUGGACAUCUUGCAGGUAAUUCCUAUGGGACACAGGCACACACUGUAGUGGAUUUUAGGAUUAAGGACACUGUUUCUCUCUGUGUUUUUUUAGAUGUUGCAGAAAUAUUCUUAAGACACUUGGCUGUUAAUUAAUGUUAGAAACUCUGUUUGAGGUCUAACUUACCUCUCUGACUUGUGUUUUUUUUUUAAAGAUGCUGGGUCGUGCUGGAAGACCUCAGUACGACACCAAGGGCGAGGGAAUCCUGAUCACUUCUCAUGGAGAGCUGCAGUAUUACCUCUCACUGCUGAACCAGCAGCUUCCCAUUGAGAGCCAAAUGGUGGCGAAGCUUCCAGACAUGCUGAAUGCAGAGGUCGUGCUGGGCAACGUCCAAAAUGCAAAGGUGAGGAGGAGAGACCCCAGUCAUGACUUGUGGCUGCUCUGUUUUUGGUGUCUCAGUGUAGAGAUAAAGGGGGAUGCUGUGUUAGGGAGACCAUUUAGUCACAACACCUGAUUAGGGAUUUUGAGAGUGUGUAUAAAGUAUAAUGUAACAGUCCUUCAGAUGGUUCUAGAGUCACAUUUUGGGAGGCUAGAUACUCAGCUGUGAAUCUGGCAUCUAGAAUCAUGCAGGGCAGUAGUCGUGGUAUUUAGUGGGUUGUGUGUGAGAGAAGUUCAUCUCUGAAGCCUCUCAGCCUAGUUCGUGACAAUUUCAGAAUUCAGGGCUUUAUCCAGUAUUCUCUGUCAGCUAGUGCAAGGGUUCUUGUGCUGUGGACGGUGAGUUUUAAUGCUGUGAAAUAGGAAUCCAGUGCAACAGCUGACUAGUGGAAACCCAUUAUGCAACAGAUGCAUAAUGGAACAGAUGGUACAACAAAGAGCCACCUGCUUAUGCAUUCUCUUGCAAAACAAUGUUCUGUUGUUGCCAGACAUUUCACCAGUGACAUCUUAGUGCUCCAUUUGAUAAAAUCAUCAGUCUUCCCCUCUUAAGGCCACAUCCACACCAUCAGUUUAAAACACUCUUACACCACUUUUAACUGUCUUGGCUCCCUCACCCGGGCCAAAUCCUGGGAAAUGCAGUUUCUUGCUUUGUGAGGGGUAAACUACAGUUCCCAGGAUUCUUUGGAGGGGGGAGCCAUGACUGCUAAAGUGGUAUAAAUGUGCUUUAAAUGGCUGGUGUGGAUGUGACAUUAGUUAAUGAAUCUGCAAAGGUGUGCCCCUCUUCACUAUUAUUUGAAGGACCUGUCCUUUGCAUUUUCAUUCCAUUUAUUAUAUUUCUAUGCCACUUUUCACUCACACAAGUCACAAAGCAUCUUAUACACAGUAAAUAAUAAUAUAUUAGAACACCACAAAUUACAACGUAAAUCAUAUAAAAAUUAAACAAAUCAUUAGUAGAGCAAUUACAGAUUAUCAGUAAAACAACCACUUUCUAUAAAAUGCUAUUAACAAAACAAUUUGAAAUAUAGGCUAAACAGCACAACCACAAGAAAAGUCAUAUUAUAAAAUUCACAAAGCAUGACAGCACUCAUAAUCCACAAAACAAUAUUAACAAACUAACAACCAAAAACAAACUAAGCACUGUUGAAUUCACACACACACUCUCCACCCCAUGACUCAUAGUCUUCUACUCAGUUCAUCAGAAGGCACAUACGCAGAAUGGUCAUGACAGCAACUCCCUUCUGAAAGCUUCUAGGGCUGAAAGGGCUGGAGGUUGGGGCAAGGCAGGUGGGAAAAGCCCUUGCCCCGGCAUAGGCAAACUUGGCCCUCUAAAUGUUUUGGGACUACAACUCCCAUCAUCCCUAGCUAACAGGACCAGCAGUCAGGGAUGAUGGGAACUGUAGUCUCAAAACAUCUGGAGGGCCGAGUUUGCCUAUGCCUGCCCUUGCCUGAUGGCCAGCAGAGGUGGCCUUUAAAGCAUGCUGUGAUGUCCCUGUGGCCUCUGCCCCAUUCUAUCCCUUCCAGAAUUUGAGGCAUGACAGGUUGCUGGAAACUGCUGACUCUGACACUGUGUUUCUUGGCUGCUGCAGGAUGCUGUAAACUGGCUUGGCUAUACUUAUCUCUACAUACGAAUGCUACGUUCCCCAACUCUAUACGGGAUAUCGCAUGAUGACCUGAAAGGAGACCCACUGUUGGACCAGCGCCGACUGGAUUUGGUGCACACUGCAGCUCUGAUGCUAGAUAAGAACAACCUGGUCAAGUACGACAAGAAGACAGGGAACUUCCAGGUGAGAGUGGAGUUCAAACUCUCUUUGCAGGUGCUUUCUGCUAGUCUUAUCAGGAGUCUGGCCACCCAGGAUGCUUAUUUGCAGCUGCUUUGCCAGCCUCUUGGUGCAUCUUCACAUGUUAUAUUCUUAUCACACAAAACUUAUUUUGCUGCUUUAAAAUAAAAUGUGUUACUAUUUGUAUGCUGCCCUUCAGCCAAAAAGGCUUCCUAGGUGGCUCCCAAGAAUAAGCAGAUAAAUACAAAUAAAAUAACACAAAUACAAAAUAAUACAAAUCCCAAAUGAUGUGUGUAUAUUUAGUAUGUAACAUUUUGCUAUAUGACAUAUGGCUUCAGUUUGUACAAGCAAAAUGGUAAGUAUACUAAAAAUGACAUCCUAUAUAGGUUUAAAAAUGGUAUGCUAAAUACUAAAGAGUUGCAGAUGGUUGCAUCCUGUGCUAUCUAAGCACAUUAUCUUAUUUUUUCCUACUUUUGAGAUGCACAAACUAAGAAAAUUGCAGGAAACAAUAGCAAUGUAUGCUCCUCAUGAAGAUGGCAGCAUACUCUAGGAGCAGAAAUGCAUCUUUGAUCCAAGCAUUGUAUAUUUCUCCAUUGUUAUACAUGAGAAUUAUCCGUUUCCAAAGCUUCAGAAUGCAUUACAUAGAAAUUUUCACACUAGACAUUCCAAAUGAAUAAAAAAAGGAGGCUAAGCCUGUUAGCCAAACUGAACCUCUGUUUACUGAAGUAGUAAUAUAUGACAAGACAGGGAUGUAGCAAAGAUCCUUUCUCCCCUUUCAUCUGUGGUCAUUCCAAUCAAUGUAAAAAUACUUUAAAUCUCUGUCACCACUGUCCAUUUUUUGUAUAUUUUGAGUGGAGGAAAAAACAAUUUUAUAUAGCAGUAUUUACACAGCACCAAGCCAAACUGGUUAAGCAAAGUAGUCUAUGUGCAAGUCACAUGUUGGUGCACGUAGCUCAAGCUUCUCCAUUUUAUUCAAACCAUAGAGUGGCUGGCUUAGUGUUGUGUCUGAACCAGUUUGUUUCUUGAAGCAGCUUCUCCUUUCACUUCAAAAGGCACCCCAAAAACAGCCUUCAAAAACAGUCUCUCUUGUUGGGAGGCAAUGGUCCUUCCAAGUACCUAAUUCAAGACCUGGUGGGGCUUUUAAGGUUAAAACUUGCACCUUCAGUUAUGCUUGGAAAACAGUCUGGGUGCCAAUGAACAUCUGUUAAAAUUUAAAUCUCUUAAAACGUGCUCAUUCCAGUACACCAACCUCCCCACCCUAUUUUGAACCGAAGUUUCAAAAUAUUGAGGGCUGCCCCACCUAUGUGUUUCAGUAACCUAAGCCUGGUUUGUUCUUUCCUCUCCAUUUUGUUAACCAGAAGUGGCUUUCCUCCCUCUCUCCCCAGGUUACUGAGCUGGGCCGCAUUGCCAGUCACUACUAUAUCACCAAUGAGACCAUACAGACUUACAACCAACUACUCAAGCCCACCUUGAGUGAGAUUGAACUCUUCCGGGUUUUCUCACUUUCUUCUGAGUUUAAGAACAUCACCGUGAGAGAGGUAUGAAUCCAGAGAUCUGUUGGGCAGGAUACCCACCUCCUGCCCUUGUAGUUAUUUUUGUUAGUGUUUAGUUUGUAUCCUCUUCUGCAAGGUCUUGUUUUUACUGGUGGAGUGGAGGAGACAUUCCUAGUCUUUGUGACUAUAAAUACUUUUAAACAUGAAGGUACUGGAUCGGCAAGGCUCUAACCAGAGAACACAACUUGUUCUGAUUUUUUCAAAUUGCCGUCAUUUCUAUGUUUGUAUUUAAACUGAUAAGGAACUGAAUGAAAUUUGAAUAAAGUACUGGUGCUUAGCUCAGUGGAAAACCCAUUGAGAAUGAAACUGAUAUCUGCCUACAUAUUUCUCCAUUAAUCAUGCAAACUUGCUGCAGUUGUUGAUCUGUGGCCCUCAGAAGUGGAUGAGUGGCCUACUUUUUUAUUCAUUUCAAAAGGAUAUUGUGCUGUUGUAGGCUUGGCAGAGUGGCCUAGCCUACUUUGUUCUUUCCUAAUUACUAUUUUUAAAACAACUGCAGGAAGAGAAACUGGAACUGCAGAAGCUACUUGAGCGGGUCCCAAUCCCAGUGAAAGAAAGCAUUGAGGAGCCUAGUGCUAAGGUAAGCCCUGUCUCUUCUAGGGCAAGCUUAUAUCCAGCGUGAGGUUGGUUCUACAAGUUCCUGAGUUGUAUGAAUUCCCCAUUUUUUGUCCUCUGACUAGUUCUACUUGUUCAGGGAGUCAUUUUACCCAAGGGAGUAACUGGCUGGCUGCCCUCUUGGGAGCUGUUUUGUUUUAAACCAACUUCAUUUUAAAAAAGCAAGACUAUGAAGAAAAUCUAUGGUGAAACUUGAGUGUACUUGCAAAGCUACAUAUAUAUACGUUUAAUAUGUUGUGUGUGUUCUUGUUUGUGGGUCUGGCCAACACCAGGAGAAUGUGGCUGUGGGCCUGAAAAAGGUUCCUCAUCCCUUCUUUGGAGGAUGUUAAUGCCCCUUAUUGUCUUCUCCUUAGAUCAAUGUGCUCCUUCAGGCCUUUAUCUCCCAGCUGAAGCUGGAGGGCUUUGCUCUCAUGGCAGACAUGGUGUAUGUCACUCAGGUGAGUAACCAUUCAGAUUGGAAGUGGCUCUUUUGUGCUCCGGUAUCCUCCAUUUACAAGGUUUUCAUGAAUCCACCACUUUGAGAAAGAUCACGUAAGUUUGUUGUUUAGCUAUCACAAGCCUUCUGUUGUGCAUGGGUAAAGAGGAACUUUUACUUACUAUCUUUGGUGGCCUGUACAGCUUGUCAUGUGGUAGAUCCCAUACUUUAUAUAUAUAUAUUUAAUGAUAUUUAUUGAAAAUUUUUAAAAUUACAGAAAAAGACAAAGCAGAGAAAGAAAAAAGAAAAAACAGAAAAGAGAAAAAGAAAGCAAACCACAUCCAACAAUACAAAUUCAGAAAACAAAAAUACACCACAAACAUAUAAAAAUAAAACCAACAUUCUCAAAUCUUCAACUUUCAUUACCUUCUUUCUUUGACCUCCUCCUCCUCCCUUUUUUGUAUCCCAGUUAUUAAUUAUCGCAGCAAAUCCUUUCCAUAUUUCAUAAUAUUCUGUCAUUACAUUACCUUGAUCUAUUUUCAUCUUAUCUUAUAAAAAACCUUAAAACUUAAAUCUUAUUUUUACCCACUUCUCAUGACCAUAAUAUUCUUGCCUAAUUCUUUAAACAUUUUUGUUAGAGCCAAGUAAUUUCGUUCCAACAUUUUUCUAACAGUCAUCAAUUUUAUAAAACAAUCCUAGUGAUAAAAAAAGAAAUAGAAACAAUCCAAUCUUCAUCCAGCGUCCCUUCCUCCUGGUCCCGGGUUUUGUCAGUCCUUUUUAUCCCAUCGAUCUAGCGCAUUAACCUGGUAACCUUAUAUCCGAGGCCCUUAAGUCCCUUCCAUGUCCCUUCCGCAGCUCUUCUUCAUAUUCACCUUUCACUCGUGGGAACUCCAGCUUGGUAAUGUUUUUGACCUUUUUCAACAAAUCAGCCCCUUUUCCAUAGUCCAGACUAAACUCCAUGUAGUAUUUAAAGUCAUAUUUCAGAAUCCCUCCAAAAUUGAGAGCCCCCACAGCUCCAAACAUCUCACGGCCCAUUGCCAGACUCGGAAAGUCCAAACAUCCCUGCAUAGGGGGAUCUAUCCAACCCCCCAUUUCCAAAUCAGUCCAAACUUUAUCUUUCCUAAUCUGGCUUUUUCCAAGUUCAUUUGUCAAAUCCAAAAGCUCAUGUUCCUGCUGGGCCGCAGCUCCCUCCAUCUCUGGCGCCCAAGAUUGCGCAACAUCCUCUUCUCUCAUCUGUUCUGUCAGGGCACACUCCUGAUUUAAUUCCUGGGUGGGCUCCGUAUAGUUUCCCACUGCCUGUUCAAAAAUUCUGACCGCAUUAGUCAUCAAAUCCGUCUUCUCAGUUAACUGUUCCAGUAGAGCAUUUAUUUUACAGAGAGCACACAACAGAGCUUCUGAAUUCAUUGUCCUACAAGGUCACAAGCCUUUUCCCACGAUUGUAAUUGGUGACAGCUGCAAGCUCCCUGGAAUUAGUUACAGUUUCCCAGUCUCCCUCUAGGGGGAAAACUUCUAGUAGUUCUUGCAACAAAGUUUCUUUUUCAAGAUAUUUUGUCAAUAUUUGUUCCUUUAAAAUGCGAAAGGAAACAGUGGAAUCACUAUGUUUCUCUUCUUUUAGCUAGCUGUCAAAAACGUUUGUCUCUGGUCAAUGAGCUUCAAACGUCAGUCCUGACACCCCGCUCCAGGAUCAGGACGGUGGAAAGUUACUUUACUUUAAACUCACUUCUGCAGGUUUAAACAGUCCGAAAAAGAUCCCCCUUCUUCUCCUGCUGCUGAAGGGGGGUUCGAGGAUUUUAUAUGAUGAAAGCUGAUCCUUUAGAAGCGAUUUUCUAAGAUCUAGUUUACGUUGUCUUUGCUUUGUUCUUUCUACAAAGAAACGGAAGGCUGACUUCCUGUUUAGACCUUCCCGUUUCAGUACCAAAUUGAAGUAAAUUUUAAAAUCCAAUUCCUUUCUGCUCGCAAAUCCUUAUUUAAAGUCCAAUUUGUUCAAAGUUUAAGUACUCACGGGUGCUUAUUUUAGAAGCCAAAUUGUCCCAGGAAAAAGGCAGCGCUCUCCGGCAACGGCUAUGCGGCUUCGCUCCAUGGAAAUAGCAGUUGACUCACAGCACCGCGCCGCUUCCCCCUCUUUGCUUCGGAGCCCGUUAGUGGGUUCCUUUGCGGGUUGGGGGGGGCGCUAAGGGUGCCCGCCGAGUCCCAUGGUCACAGGCUUCAUCUGCCUGUGAUUUUUCAAAGGGUCCCCGCUUCGCCAUAGCGGAAAAGACCUGUUUCGCGCGGAGCUAGUCCCUCCAGUUCAGAGGGAGUCUGCCAUUGCCGAUGGCGCCACCCCGGAAGUCCUGAUCCCAUACUUUAUAUACAGAAGGCCCUAGGUUGCAUCCCUUCAAUCUAGAGGAGCAGAACUGGGAAAGUCACUGCAGUAGGCAUUGUAGAGCUUGCCCAACCUUUGCCAACCUGGUGCCCUCCAGAGUUUUUGCACUAACAUUUUGAACAGCCAUAUUCAGCGUAUCCGAAGAAUUUGGAGGGCACAAGUUUGGCAAAGGCUGGACUAGAUGGACCAGUGGCUUAACUUGGUGUAAGAUGGCUUCAUUCCAAAGGGGUGGCCCUGUAAAUUCAUUGCAGUAAGGAGUCUUGUAGGUACCUGGAGGUCUUCUUUGUUUCUUGUGAGCCAUUUUGUCAGAUGUAUUAUAUUAAUGGGCCUGAUCACCUGCAGGGUGGAAGCGGAGUUUCAAAAAUUGAUCUUUAGAUGGAUGUGGAUACAUGCUUGUAUUUUAAUCAAAAAAUCAACUAAAACCUCCCUGUGAGGUUUCUUUCUUUGAUAUUUGACAUCUGUUUUGUCCUGCUUUCAGUCUGCUGGGCGGCUCAUGCGUGCAAUCUUUGAGAUUGUCCUCAACCGUGGUUGGGCGCAGCUUACUGACAAGACUUUGAACCUCUGCAAGAUGAUUGACAAACGAAUGUAUGUAGUGGCUCCAGAGCAUGCUCUUAAUCUUUAUGUAUUGCAGACUUUAUAUCAGUAGUGCCCUGCCCUGCAGCUGGGCCUAGCAGCAGCACUCAGCCAGGCUGGGCACUGGCUGCGGACCCCAGCAGCUUGGCAGCCCCUCACCAGCCUGAUCCAGUUGUGCUGCCUUACCAUGCUCCUUACUUCAUCCUGGGCAGUCUUUUGGCAGUCUUUUGGCAGUGGUUUGAUUUCAUAGAUAGGUGGAGUCAAAAGGGAGGGAUGAAAAGUGAUUUCAUGCUGUAACCGCCCUGAGACCUUUGAGUGUAGGGUGGUAUACCCUUUUUUUUUAAGUGUUAGUUGGGAAAGCAGCUGUAGAGGGGAAAGGACUUGUGCCACCCUAAGGACCAGAAGACUGGAGUUUCUGGGAUUUCAAAAUUAGCAGUAUGUCCUGCCCUAGAAAGCCAGUUAUGUGAUUGCAUCCGUACUGGUUUCCAGAAUCACUUCCCAUAAGUGGGACAGACCAUGGUGUUUGUUUCUGUGCCAGGGCAGGGGGCAAGAAGCAAGCCCCAUCAGGCAACCCAAGUCUCUUGCGAUGGCAGUGUGAAGAGCAUUGGCUUAGUCUCCUGAGCAGGCUUGCAAGCCAAAGGCACCGGAAAAGGGAAGCCUUGUGGGGCUGCGGGUUGGGGUGGGGUUAUGCACAGACAGCCACAGAGGGCUCAUUUUGAGGCUGAAGAGGAACCUCCUCACCUUUCUUCCUCAAUUUGAAGGAAGAGCGCGGGGCAAAACACAAGGAACUUGGGUAGUGCCUAAAUUCCUCUUCCAUUACUUACUAACCAUCAUUGCUGGCACAAUCCUGAUGGUGCUUCUUGCUCAUGCAGGUGGCAAUCCAUGUGCCCCCUUCGUCAAUUCAAGAAACUGCCUGAAGAGGUGGUGAAGAAAAUUGAGAAGAAAAACUUCCCAUUUGAACGACUCUAUGACUUGAAUCACAAUGAAAUAGGUCAGUGGACAGAAGUGGUUGUGUGUGUGUGUGUGUGUGUGUGUGUGUGUCUGUGUGGCAGCGGAGGGGAUCUAAGAGAUCGGUGUUUCUUGGCUAAAGGGUCUCUCAGUUUUUCUACAGAAUAUGGCCCAACUUGAUUAUGACCUGCUGAGAAUCUUGAAUGUGUGCAGUUCAUCUCAGAUCUCCAUCUCUGCACAUGCUUACUCGUCUUUUUUUUUUAAUACCAUCCCUUCACAGGGGAGCUGAUUCGGAUGCCAAAGAUGGGGAAGACAAUCCACAAAUAUGUCCAUUUGUUCCCCAAACUGGAGUUGUCUGUCCACCUGCAGCCCAUCACCAGGUCCACUCUGAAAGUAGAGCUGACAAUUACCCCAGAUUUCCAGUGGGAUGAAAAGGUAAAGGGACCCCCUGGAGGUCUGAAGUAAUGGCCACCAGUAAGGUGGGGUGGGGAGGGUUGCUGGGUAGCUAGUUUGAGGUGGAGGCAGCUCAUGGAACAGGGAUUGAUGGGGACUGAAUGGUAGCAGCAGUACAAGUUGCACUCCUUAAACAGUACACAGAGAGAGCAAGAAUUUUCACUUGGGGCCAGUAUUUAAAUCCCAAUUUUCUCCUCUCUUGGGCCAGGUGCAUGGUUCUUCAGAGGCCUUUUGGAUCCUGGUGGAGGAUGUGGACAGUGAAGUGAUCCUACAUCACGAGUAUUUCCUUCUGAAGGCCAAGUAUGCUCAGGAUGAACACCUCAUCACUUUCUUCGUGCCGGUCUUUGAGCCUCUCCCCCCACAAUACUUUAUCCGGGUGGUCUCGGAUCGCUGGCUCUGUAAGUCCCCAUUCUUUUGCAGAAGGAUGUUCUCCAGCUCCCCAGCUGGGGUCCGCAGUGUGAACAGUCUAUUGUGGGGAAAGCCCAGACAUGUUCUUUGCCUGUCAGGUCUUUUUUCUAGCUGUUUUUGCCCCCUCUUGCUCCCCUAAAGAUGAAAGCCCACCAGCACCACCCACAUUACACAUUGCCAGCCCAUGUGGGGCCAAAUCAGGACCUCACUUUCCUCUCUGAACAGCCAUAGACCUGCCUGGAAUCAUAUAAUAGGGAAGCCCCUCCAGUGUUGUCUUCCUUUGCCACACUGAGGAGUUAAAAGCAUCACUUCCAUACUGUUUGCAUUCAUCUGCAUAGUUAAUUCUGUCCCCUCAGUACUUCAUGUUUGGAAAAAUGUGGCUGCCUUCUAACCUCUUCUGAUAGUUCAUAACAGGUCGGUCGUGCCACAGGAGUGAUGCAGAGUGGAAUUUUUUCCAUGGAAAGUGUUCCUUGUCCUAAGAUCCUUGGUAAUGAAGAAUGGAUGCAAACUGCAAAUGCAGUUUUAAGCAAGCUGGGCAGUUCUGUUUUUAAGCUUUGUUUACUAAAAUAGAAUGAACAUGCUAAAUUAAGUUACUAUUUAGAGCAUCAGAAAUUUUCAUGUUGCAAACUGAAAAUUUCCCAAUGUAUAUUACCCUAACUCCUGAAAAUUUUCCAGAAAGGCCACAUCACCUGUACUAUGCUAGCUAGAGUCGACAAGGUAGAUCCAGCACAGACCAUUGCUUUGUACUAGCCCAUUUUAUAGAUAAAUAUAUUAAGAAACCAGGUAGCGUGCUAUAUGCAGCUUUCAUAGACCUGAAAUCUGCAUUCAAAUCAAUCUCUUGAGUAAGAUUCUGGGAUAAAUCAAAUUCUUUGAGAAUACAUAAAAGAUUGUUUUUCUUGGUUAAAUGUCUACAUAAAGACACCAUGCUGAAAGUGCGUUGCUCUACAAACGGGCAGCUUGCAGGUUGCAUACCAGCUACAAAGGAAGUUAAGCAAGGUGUAUCCUAGCUCCUGCAUUAUUUAAUUUAUAUAUAAAUAUAAAUUAACACCCCCAGAGUAUCAUGCCCCUAAAUUGGCCACAAAAGCCAUCUGUUACUAUAUGCUGAUGACACAGUACUCCUAUCUCAAACAAAAGUCGGCCUAGAAGAUUGACGAGGGCAUUCUCAGGAUACUGCCAAAAGGAACAGCUGGCUGUGAAUUACCAAAGUCUUGAAGACACUACAGGGCCCACAGAUGGUAUAUGGAUAACCAGUUAAAGUCUUUAAAUAUGUUGGUCCAAAUUUUCAGUCAACAGGGCAGCACAUCAGAAAUACACGAAGGAAAAAGUGUCUCAGAGUGCCAAAAUUUGGACAUGCUUUUUCCAUACAAAAGGUGGCAAUCAUGUAUCUUCAGCACUUGAAAUGUUUAAAGCUAACCCCUAGCACAGUUAUUAUGUGGGGUGCAGAUUUGGACAGACGCUCACCUUGGAUCUAAAAAAGCUGUUCUGUCCAAGUUCUUAAAGCAUUUUUUUCUGUUCCAUCCUGUGUUCCAAACGCUUCAUAGCUCUUGGAGGCCAAUCUUCCCUCUGUUGAAUGACAGAAUUGGCAUAGGACAAUUAUUGGCUUUGGGGUAGUAGACCCCCACCGGUCUACUACCCCUAACUACCGUCAUGAGAAUGCCUGGAUUGCAUCUGAGUAUGCAAGUAUCUUUGCAGUCUGCUGCUCAGGGUGCAGAAGGUACAAAAGAAAGAUGAGCACCCUGAUGUUCCAGGGUUUAGGGGGCAGACCUGGGAUCAUGUUGAACAUUUGCUAAGAGCACCGUAUCCUGGCACAAGCACAGCCAUGGCUAAAAUGUGACUCCCCCAGGCCCUGUUACAACAUUCUGGGUCUGACCUCUCUCUAUUGAUCUUCUCAUUCAAAGAAUACCUCUUGUAAAAGCAGAGAACAGAUCUAGAUUCUCUGUUUUCAUCUUCUUUGUGUUUAUGCGCUUGAUUAUUUCAGCCUGUGAGACACAGCUGCCUGUGUCCUUCCGACAUCUGAUCCUUCCAGAGAAGUACCCUCCACCAACCGAGCUGCUAGACCUGCAGCCGCUGCCUGUCUCCGCUUUGCGGAACAGCGCCUUUGAGAGCCUCUACCAGGACAAGUUUCCCUUCUUCAAUCCUAUCCAGACUCAAGGUGGGCAAUGCAGCCGGGUCUUGAGUCAGUGAUGAGGAGGGCUGCCAAGAAAGUAGGAACCAUCUUAGCAGGGGCGGGGGGGGGGGGGAGCUGCAUAGUAUUACCGUAUUUUUUGCUCUAUAAGACUCACUUUUUCCCUCCUAAAAAGUAAGGGAAAAUGUGUGUGCGUCUUAUGGAGCGAAUGCAGGCUGCGCAGCUAUCCCAGAAGCGAGAACAGCGAGAGGGAUUGCUGCUUUCGCUGCGCAGCGAUCCCUCUUGCUGUUCUGGCUUCUGAGAUUCAGAAUAUUUUUUUUCUUGUUUUCUUCCUCCAAAAACUAGGUGCAUCUUAUGGCUUGGUGCAUCUUAUAGAGCGAAAAAUACGGUAUAUAUUAGGUGCCAACAGCCUGGAGCAUGCAAGACAAAAUGGCAUAAUUCAGAACUGCAGUUUUAAUUGUCAGACAUUCCAUCACAUAGCUGGGGGAUUCAGUCUAGUAGUCUUGUGAACAUCACUUCGGUAUGUGGUGCUUGUUUGUGACGUGGUUACAAAUUCAGGUGCUGUGUCUUGCUGGGGAAGUUCACUACUAGCCAUGAUGAAUGCCAGUUGUUGGAAGCCACAGGAAGGGAGUCCUUUUGUGCUUGGAUCUCACUUGUGAGUUUCCCACAAGCAUCUGCUUGGCCACUGUGAGAACAGGAUGCUGAAUAUGAUGCACCAUUGGCCUGAUCCAGCAAGCUCUUCUUAUUUUCUUAAAUACCGACACUUCUAGCAACAUUCACCAAACUGGUGCCCUCUACAUAGUUUGAACUGCAACUCCCAUGAGCCCCAGCCAGCAAGCCUCUGAGCUCAGUCAUGAGACUUUUAAUCUCAGGCUCAUGGGUUUGAGCCCCACGGUGAGCAAAAGAUUCCUGCAUUGCAGGGGGUUGGACUAUAUGACCCUUGUUGCCCCUUCCAACUCUACAAUUCUAUGAUUCUUGUGAUGCUCCCAUCGUCCCCAGUUGUGUUGCCUGGAUUUGAUGGGAUUUGCAGUUCAAAACAUCUAGAGGGCACCAUCUGGGGAAGGAUACUUUUCGGUUCUUGUGGGUUCUGGAGUAACUGUUGCUGGCCAUAGGGAAAUUUUCCUCUGCCUUUUCUUUCUCGGUCUAGUUUUCAACACCGUCUAUAACAGCGAUGAAAAUGUGUUUGUGGGAGCUCCCACAGGCAGUGGAAAAACGAUCUGUGCUGAGUUUGCCAUUCUGAGGAUGUUGCUGCAGAAUUUGGAAGGCCGCUGUGUCUACAUCACACCAAUGGAAGCCCUUGCUGAGCAGGUACAGCACUCCCUAACUAUUUUGAAAUCUGCCCUUUUCAGGAGGUUGAUAAGAAUAGCUUUAAUCAAUUCCUCUUCCCAGUGAAAGCUUUUCAGGCAGAAAAACAAAAGAAGAUGGUCUGGAUAGGGUGUUCUGAGGGGUAGCUGUUGGCCUUAGCUGGAACAAGUACUCAAGUAUAUUUUACACAGCUCUCUCUACUUCCCCAUUGUCCUCCUUAUUCUCUUUGCUUUGUGAGUGAAGUUCAGAUUCUGCAAAGAUGGAAUUAAAGCAUUGCAGAAUAUAUGUGGAUAAGUCUGGAUGAUCACUUUGUUGGUUGUAAGCUAGAAAAACUAGAGAAGGUGUGCUUUGUGUGUGUGAGGAAGAGAGUGCUUGGAAGGACGGCUGUUAAGAACAUUGUCUGCUCUUCCUUUUGCCAUGGAAGAUCUUCCUAGAUUGGUAUGAGAAGUUCCAAGAGCGCCUACUCAAGAAAGUUGUCUUGCUGACGGGGGAGACCAGCACUGACCUGAAGCUGUUGGGCAAAGGCAACAUUAUAAUCAGCACUCCUGAGAAGUGGGACAUCCUUUCCCGGCGCUGGAAGCAGCGCAAGAACGUGCAAAACGUCAACCUCUUCAUUGUGGAUGAAGUGCAUCUCAUUGGUGGCGAGAAUGGGGUGAGUCUCAUGGGGGAAUGCAGCCCACCACAAAGGGGAUUGGAGGGAGUAAGCAGGACACUGACCUUUCUAUCUUGGAGGGUUUCCCAUUCAGAGCUGCUGCAUAUCCUGUGUACUGAGGAGUUUCUCGUUCUGGGCAACAGAAGGAGACAGAAAUCUGUAACCGUUGCAUCCCCUAAGCACCUCUCUCCUUCCCAGCAUCUUGUGCAGCACCUGACAUUGCACGAGGGGCUGCAAUUAGAAGUAGCUCCCACAGCCAGUGUGUGCUGAGCAGAAUGCGAGGCAUCCAAACAGGUCCAUGUAUUUUAUUGCUGAUGGUUUUCAAAGAUAACUUACCCAGGGAUAGGAAGACACCUUCCAUCAGCAGGCAUUUGAACCACCUAUCUCCGCAUUGUCUAUCUACACAAUCUAACAACAGCUCUUGAGGUUUUUGGAAGGGAGCUUUUCCCAGACCUACCUGGAAAUAGUAGGGAUUAAACAUGGGGACAUUUGGAUGCAAAACUCAGUUCUCCCACCCUCCCCUGAGUAAUAAAUAUUGCCAGUGAACCAGUUGGGCAUCAAAAAUGAUGAGUGAAAUUGUCAAUUUUAGUAAUUGUUGAUAGCAGUUGGCAAUAGCAGGUGCCAGCUGGAUGUGAAGAUUGUGGGCUUUUCCUAUAGAGCUGUCAUCUCUCUCUUGGAGGCUUUCUGCCUACCCAGCUAGUCAAAGUCAGGGUCCUUCAAUCAUCUCGAAAUGAGGCCUUCCAGAGGGUGGACACUGAAGUAUUAAUGUUAGUGGUUGCAUCAAGAAAAUGCAAAAACCAUUGAGCAUUUAAAGUGAACCCCAAAACAAAGGAGAAUAUAUAUUAAUUUGCUGCCAAAUUAGGAUUUUAUUUUCAGAACAGCUCAAUAUGUUUUGAGAGAUCUGAAAACAAAAACAAUAUAUCAAUAUUCAACAAUGUAAAAAGAAAGUCAAUUAAUUAUAUACAAGUUACAUAUCUAUGCAUACUCAAAAUGAAAAACAGCCUGCCGAGAUCUCUUGUUAAUUGUAUCACCUGUUCACAUUAACUGGUUGCACCGAGGUGGAAUUAUUGGAAUUCUUCUGCAGUUUGCCUAAGAGAUCGAAGGGAGGUGGGAUGGUUGAGCAAAGAACUGGAAACUGAAGAUCCUAGUAGUGGUGAUGGAGGAGGAGCGGAUAGCGAAAUGAAAUCAAUGAUGGAAAUAUCUAGAUGUGGAAUGGCUGAGAGUGCUUGAAAUAACCUAGGUGUCUUUGGCUUCCUUCUGCAGCCAGUCUUGGAGGUGAUCUGUUCCCGGAUGCGCUACAUCUCCUCCCAGAUUGAGCGGCCCAUCCGCAUUGUGGCCUUGAGCUCAUCACUGUCCAACGCCAAGGAUGUGGCCCACUGGCUAGGGUGCAGUGCCACGGCCACCUUCAACUUCCACCCCAACGUGCGCCCUGUGCCCCUGGAGCUACACAUCCAAGUAAGUUCCUACCCCACACCUCUGGGGAACUCUAGGAACAUAGAAAGCUGGCGUUCAUCUAGCUCAAAGGGCCAUUCGGCUUGGUACAGUCAAUACUGACAGGAAGCCGCUCUUGAAGGUUUCAGGCAGGCCUUUGUUCCAGCCCUCCCUGGAGACCCUAGGGAUCGAACCUGGGACCCUUCCAUUAGCCUCUUCCAAGCACUGAGGUUUGGCAACAUGAUCACCCUCUCUCUUCUCUUUUGCUGCUCCUUAGGGCUUCAACAUCAGCCACACCCAGACCCGCCUGUUGUCCAUGGCCAAGCCAGUCUAUCAUGCCAUCAUGAAGCACUCUCCAAAGAAGCCAGUGAUCGUGUUUGUUCCGUCUCGCAAGCAGACGCGCCUCACAGCCAUUGACAUCCUCACCACCUGCGCAUCAGAUGUCCAGAGACAAAGGUAUGGGCAGGACACCAUGUAAUCUGUGCUCCAGAUAACUUAAUGAUACAAGAGGAGAAGCUGAAUUUUGCAGCCUGUGUGUGAUUCCUUUUUAUUGUACCCCUGUCAGUAAUUGAGAAGGGGCAAGAAGCUAUUAAAGGACACUGGAGCUACACUAGAGUAGAAUAGAGAGGGACCUGCUCUUUGAAAUGCCUUCCCUCUGCAAUCUUUCAGUGACUUUGACAUUUAAUAAUAAUAAUAAUUAAUAAUAAUAAAAAUGUAUUUGUACGCUUGCUGGAGCCGGGCUCAGAGCAGCUAACAUCAUACAAAUAAUACAAUAUGCAUAAAAACAAGCAAUCAAUUGAUUAAAAUGCAUCCCAAAAUUAAUUCAAAUAAAUAAAAGUUAAAAUUAAAACUGGACAAAUGACCAUCCUCAGGUUAAAAUUGAAAGUGGUUAACACUUGCUAGGACCAGCUGUUUCCACUGCUACUAUAAGGAUCUGUGAGUGGGCUGGGAAACCUCCUUCAUGCUUGUUCUUAUACAAAGAAAUGAUAUGAAUAAUCUGAAAGAAUGGGUGUGAUGGGCCCACUUAUUUAAUUUGUAUUUGGCUGGAUGUGUAUGUGCUUAAUGUCUACAUGCUGGAGGGUCUGGGGUGAAGGAUAUCUAGCUCAGUCUGGGGCAGACGAUGUGGAAGUAAUGAAGUUUGUGAGGGCCAAACAUGGGCAAGGGAUGUUGGAAGUAGACUGGAUUUUGCAGAGAUGAGAGUUUCUCAAGUUGCUACUUUUCUGCCCAGAAAUUAAAUCUGCUGCGGCAGAAUUACUGCUUUACAAAAGCUGUUGAGGGAAAUGAGAAGUGUUGAUGAGAAACUCUGUCACUGACAGUUGAUGGUUCCCGUCUGCUUUUAAGGUUCUGGGGACAGGAGGGGGUCAGCCUUCACCAGUCUUUUGGGUGAUAGGAUGGAGGCUGUUGACUGAAUGAGGAAGUUUGUCUUGGUCUGCUGGCUGUCCUGACUUCGGUCUGGCUUGUUGCUCCUUGCCAGGUUCCUGCACUGCACUGAGAAGGAUGUGGCUCCCUACUUGGACAAGCUGAAUGACAACACCUUGAAGGAGACCCUGGUGAACGGGGUGGGAUACCUGCAUGAGGGACUGACCUCCAUGGAGCGAAGAGUUGUGGAGCAGCUUUUUGGCUCAGGUAAAGUGGGGUGGGAGCAGACUGCAGAUUUAUGGGUCAAUUUAGAAAAUGAGGGAUUAUCAGGUACCAUAAAGAAAUGUCUCUAUUCAGGGGGGAAAUUCCAAAAACCCACAAGGUAGUAACUAAGAUGUAAAUCAGGGAUGGCUGUGUACAAGACUAAAGGUCAGAUCAGGCUCCCGGUUGUUGAUUUUUAUUUAUUUAAGAUACUUCUUUUAAAUUGUUUUUCAUAUUAUUAUUUUUUAGUGUUUUAACUGUUUUUAACUGAGUUGUAAGGGCAUUUUGUGGGAUGUGCCUGGGAGGAGAGGAGAGAGGAGAGCAGGAGGAGCCCCAAUUACAGUGGUUCUGGGUAGGGGGGGUAUGGUAUGGGAGGAGGGGCAGGCCAGGUAAGGGGCACGCGGCUCAGGCACUUAGUGACUAUACCGUGUGCCAGCCCCUCCUCCAACCUGGGGAAUUGUGGUUGUCAUAUCAGCCAACCCUUGGGUCUGCAACUGCUGCUGUUGAAUGCCAGGUCGACCCAGAAUAAAAUCUCCCUCAUCUAUCAUCUGAUUAUGGAUGAGGAGGCUGAUCUGGCAUGUAUCACUGAAACCUGGGUGUGUGAACAGGGUGGAGUUGGUCUCACCCAGCUGUGCCCACCUGGGUACUCAGGGCAGCAUCAGGCCAUACUCAAGGGUCAGGGAGGGGGAGUUGCUGUGGUCUAUAGAGAUUCUCUAUCUCCAGGCUCUCUGUCCAGUCGGGGGAAUCUAGAGUGUGUGUCCCUGGCACUGGGGAAUCAGGACAGAUUAGGGAUUCUGCUGGUUUAUCACCCGCCUCACUGUUGAAAUGUUUCAUACAUAAGGGAAAAAAAUAUUUUAAAGUAAUGGAGAUAUUGAGCAUUUUAUGUUACACCUCUCAUGCUUAUGUAUGUGUUUCCUGAGCUCAUGUGUUCUGUAUUUGAGAGGCUUUUCUUCCUAAGCAUUUCUUCCAGCAACAUUGUGAACUGCCUUGAGACCUCCGGGUAUAGGGCGGUAUAUAAAUUCAAUAAAUAAUAAGGCGAUCAACUACUCAGUUUGUGUGCAAAAUCAAGUUCGCCACCCCUGAGAAUUCAGUAAUUGGCCAUCCUAUGAUGCAGAUCAAGCAACCUGCAUAUCUUCCUUUAUGCACACAAUCUCUUUUGUUAAAUAAUAUUCUCAGUGUAUGAUUAGGUUUCUUGGUGACCUGUAGGAAAUUAGAAAUCUAGAUUUUUUUCAGAUGUAAUCUGAUAUAGUAGAAAUGUCAGGAGGUGGCAUUGUGGUGGCAGGCUCCACCCCUUCAACUAUGUAUGUUCAUUUCUACACCGGAUAAUGUCAUGAAAGGGCUUAGGUGUCUGAAUCAUACUUUGCAAACUGCUGACUGUUCCGCGCUGCUUCUAUGUGUGUUGUUCCCCCACAGUCAGCUGGGCUGUGAAUUGGUUCUCAUCUAGUUCUGCUCUUCUGUUUUGCUGUUAGGUGCCAUUCAGGUGGUGGUGGCCUCGCGGAGCCUCUGCUGGGGAAUGAAUGUAGCUUCUCACCUGGUGAUCAUCAUGGACACGCAAUACUACAAUGGCAAGAUCCAUGCGUGAGUGAAGGGAGUUGGGUUGCUGGGUUCUGGGCCCACGGGAAAGGUGAGGACUGUUGGGCUAUGCAGUGAGGAAUGUAAGAGCCACUGGAAAAAGAAGCCCAGGGUGAAAGGGAAAGUGAGGCUCACCCCAGACGCUAGAGGAGAGCAUCUCAUUUGGGGCUGGUUUUGAUUUUGUUGUUAAGAUAGGCCUUGUUUCAUCCUGGCUGCUCAGGCACAAUUGGAAUAGUCUAGAAGCUGGUCAACCAGAUGUGUAUUUCUUACUCCUAGAGUGACACUGAUGUGAAAAAAAUGGGUUUUCAUGUGUCUCAUGCAUUACCUUUAUCAAUAGCUGCCAUUUAGCUAUGGUUUACAGAAUAUAAUAUCUGACCCAGAGUCCAAGUAUUAAUUCCUCUGCAGAUUGAAACAGUCAUAUCAACAACACACAUUGCUGGUUCUUGUGAUUUGGGCAACUGAAAAUACGUGGCCAGGUACGGGUACCCUCAUAAGAGGCCAGAAGGAAUUGAAGUGGGCCUUUCAUUCUUUAAGUGGAACCCUCAGCCCUCGGUGAAGAUUCCUGCGCAUUUUUUGCCUCUUCAGUUUUCCAAGCUCCUGCCCUGGUUUCUUCACAAGGGAAUGUGAUGAUUUGGUGCAGUGGAGGAGGGAGAUCCAUGGAUGAGCAGGAGAAGCAAUCCAUUGGAUCUCCACCAUCCCUUGCAGAAAAUGAACUAACUAGAGUAAGUCUGACCUUUUAACUUUCAGCCAGUCAGACUGAAUCUGGAAUUUGUCAUGACAUGCAUAUUGCAGAAGUUUCCCCUCUACAGAAUUCUAAACCUUUUGCCUUCUGCUUCUGUUAACAUAGUUAAUUACUUUCCUAUGUGCCAGGUAUGUGGAUUACCCCAUCUAUGAUGUGCUGCAGAUGGUGGGCCAUGCAAACCGCCCACUGCAGGACGAUGAGGGACGCUGUGUCAUUAUGUGCCAGGGAUCCAAAAAGGUGAGCAAACAACAGGGGAUGAGUGGACUUGCAUGUUCUUUAGGGCUGGGGGCCUGAAGAAAUUUAGGAUCACAUUUCUUCCAUAUGUUCCCUGGAUGAGGUUUGCUUGAGGCACAGUUUCUCUUCCAGUCUGGAUUUGAGUAUUCCUUUGUUCAGAGUGGAGAUCUUUAUGAAACUGGUAAAUUGUUUGACACACUAAAAAUGCCACUUUGGUUCUCCCACUCAAAGGAUUUCUUCAAGAAGUUCCUAUACGAGCCCCUGCCAGUGGAGUCUCAUUUAGACCACUGCAUGCACGAUCACUUCAAUGCUGAGAUCGUCACCAAGACCAUUGAGAACAAGCAGGAUGCUGUCGACUAUCUCACCUGGACUUUCUUGUAUCGCAGGAUGACUCAGAAUCCCAACUACUACAACCUGCAAGGUGGGAAAGCCGAAUCCCAACCCCUCCCCCUGUUUUUGUUGCUUUGUGCCUCUAUCCUGCCACACACUUGGACAAGAGGGAGGGGAAUGGGGAAGGAUUAUUUCUUAUGUUUUCACACUGUCCUUCCUCAAAGUCGUACUGGUUCUGAAGUAAUAAAACACAAAGAUUAUUUCAAGCUCCUAUGUUUCCAGCCCCUGUGGAUGUGCUGCAUCUGUCUUCCUUUGUCUCUUCGUUCAGGAGUUUCGCACAGGCAUCUCAGUGACCACCUGUCAGAGUUGGUGGAGCAGACGCUUAGUGACCUUGAGCAGUCCAAGUGUAUCAGCAUUGAGGAUGAGAUGGAUGUGGCACCUUUGAACUUGGGCAUGAUUGCAGCUUAUUACUACAUCAACUACACCACCAUUGGUAAGGGGCGUGCUGGGAGUUACGGACAUCAUGGCACCUGUGCAUGGCAUGCUGUGUGUUGCUUGUUGUCUGAGGCUGCAGCCUCAUACCUGAUGCUACCUUUUCUUUUAUUAAAAACCCACCACCACCUCUAGAGCUCUUCAGCAUGUCCCUGAAUGCCAAGACUAAAGUGCGAGGGCUGAUUGAAAUCAUUUCCAAUGCUGCUGAGUAUGAGAACAUUCCCAUCCGGCACCAUGAGGACAACCUCCUGCGCCAGGUGAGCCAGCUCUUCAGUUUGAUGGGUAGUGGGGGUGGGGUGGUUGGUUGACUUGGGAAAUUUUAUACAGCCCAUUGGCUUCCCUCCAAGAGCAGAGGACCCCAGUCCUUCUCAGAUUCUGGUUUAGCAAAACAUUAAAAAAAAUAUAUUUGGAAGCAAUAAUUUAACCCAAGUUAGUAGUAUUUAGAUGCUAGAUGCAGGGCAAGUGGUCCUGAUCCUGCUCUAGUAUCCACCUGCCUGAGAUAAAUCCAUGAGGAUACAGAGCAGGGCUCCAUAACUAGGAGUUCCCUCCUAAGGCCUUUCUUGUGUGAAGUUGGUGAAGACUGAGUUGUUUAGGAGGGGGUUUUAUGUAUAUAUAUUUUAAAGAUAAGCAAACAUGGUUUUAAAGAAUUGGGAAAUUGUUAUUGUCUGAACAGAGAUUUUUGUGUGGAGAUGGUUUAUUUGUAAAAAAUUCUUUCUGCUUUAUGUGCGUUGCAAAUAUUUUUUAAAUGUGUGAUCUGCUUUAAAAAAAACAACUUAAAACCAAAAUAGAAGUUGGUACUUGUUGGGAAAAAUAUAUUAUGCAUGUAAAAGUGGUAAAAUUUCCAGUGGCUGAGAGCUAAGUUUAUAGAACCAAAUACAGUUAACCUACUGGGCUGUACAUGUGCACUUAAGUUCCCCAGUCUGUAUUCAUUGUGUACAUUUUGUCCUCUGUUUUGUUCGUAGAGAACUUUCACUUCUGUAGUUUCAAAUUCUGAAGUCUGUGAUGACCUUUUAAAACUGAAUAAUAAAUAUAUCCCUGUACCACUAAAUGGUAGAUCCGUGGGCCACUGUGGCUAGCAGGGCCUCUACAUCCUGCUGGCUACAUCUUUGCCAGCUCCAGACUUGUCCUCCGCAUGGCAGUGUCGCCUGUCUUUUAUGCUGCACCUCAAGCCCCCACCCUCUCUGGGUGAUGGGUGCUGAUCUUUGCGUUCCAAUCUGUCUUGCUCCCGCAAAUUGUGUGUGUGAUUGCAUUUGGUGCUAAGAGAUAGUCAGAGAACAUUACUGUGUGCUGAAUGUUGCUUCUCUCCUUUCCUCAGCUUGCCCAGAAAGUGCCUCACAAGCUGAAUAACCCCAAAUUCAACGACCCCCAUGUCAAAACGAACCUUCUGCUUCAGGCUCAUCUGUCACGUAUGCAGCUGAGUGCAGAGCUCCAGUCUGACACAGAGGAGAUUCUCAGCAAGGUAUUGGGGGAGAGCAAAAACACGGCUGGGGGGCACCCAGAGCUGCCUGCUGCUUCAGGGCGAGUUCACAACAGAUGCUGCCAAUUCCCAUUUGGUCUCAUAUUUGAAGCUUGGCUAGCUGAGGGCAUUGUUCCCCCUUUUCUGCUGAUGUCUGGGAUGCUAAGCUCCUUUGUUCUGUCUUUUCUCCCAGGCAAUUCGUCUGAUCCAAGCUUGCGUGGAUGUUCUGUCCAGCAACGGCUGGCUGAGUCCUGCUCUGGCUGCCAUGGAGCUGGCCCAGAUGGUCACCCAGGCCAUGUGGUCAAAGGACUCCUACCUGAAGCAGCUGCCCCACUUCACCUCUGAGCACAUCAAGCGCUGCACGGAGAAGGUGAGAGCGGACUCAGGCAGGGAGGUGGGGAGGUUGUUCCACCACCAGGAACCUGCUCCUUUCUUGGCCACCCCGGCUGGCUUAUCCCAUGUCUGCCCUUUUGCAGGGAGUGGAGAGUGUAUUCGACAUCAUGGAAAUGGAGGACGAAGACCGCAACGCCCUGCUGCAGCUCUCUGAUUCCCAAAUUGCUGAUGUGGCCCGCUUCUGUAACCGCUACCCUAACAUUGAGCUUUCCUAUGAAGUGGUGGAAAAGGAUGGUAUUCGCAGGUAAUGGAGCAUAGCAAUGAAAAAUAAAGCCAGAAGAUGUAAAUUUGACCAAGCAGUUCUUGUUACUUAGCUGGGGGGGGGGGCAUUAUUCCUCAUUUUUUGUGCCCUUUCAGAGGGUUUCCUUCAAAAUAACAAAGGCUUCCUCCGUUUUCAAAACGAAAGCUGCGGUGGUUGAUUUUUCACUGUAGACUAUGAUUUUGCCAUGUGAUUUGCUGCCAAAUGGGCUUCUAUGCACGUUGCCGCUUGCAGGCCAGUUAGCAACCUUUGCAUGCUCCCCCUUAGCACAUUGUUCCAGGUGUGUGUGUCUAAUCUGGUUUGUUUCUUCAGCGGAGGGCCAGUGGUGGUAUUGGUGCAGCUGGAGCGAGAGGAAGAAGUCACCGGACCAGUGAUUGCGCCCCUCUUCCCACAGGUAUGUUGAGUCCUGCCCAGCCUGUGCCUGAUGCAGUCCAGCUGGGCCCACUUGUGGGAGGCAAAGGGUAGGAUGGGGCUGGAACCUACAGGGUUGUGAUGCAGAGGGACAGGGAGGAUGUCACAAGUCGUCUUCCUCACUUUCCCCCUCUCAUCUGCAGAAACGCGAGGAAGGCUGGUGGGUAGUGAUUGGAGACUCCAAAUCCAACAGCCUUAUCUCCAUCAAGAGACUGACGCUGCAGCAGAAGGCUAAGGUGAGUGAUCUGGGAACAACCAUGAUGAUCUCAUUUCACCUCUAGAAGAGCCUUAUGGGGAGGCAUAAUUGCUGCUGUCAUGAGCCUUGUGUUAGGCCAGGGCAUCCUCAGCAUUGUAGGUCAAGGACCUCCUGCUUUUUGGCCAAUGGGACAGAAUUAUCAAGCAAAAGGGGAGGUUAAAGGCAUCCAGUGAGGGAGAGCCUAAGGGUGUGGCUUCUUUGGCCUCCCACAAGUUGCAGCGUAACAGGGAUCCAGGCAAUCACUCAUGUAAAACAAUUGAGAUUAUUUUCUGCCUCUUAGCUGCAAACAGAAAAAUUGAGCAGCUCAGAAAACCUGCUGAAGCAGCAAGAAGGGACAUAGUGGACUGCACAGUAAAACUACCCCCCCACCCCCAGAGAGGCCUGCUGUAUUCUUGCAAUCAUGUCAGGAGAGAGCUUUGACUAAGAUGCAACCUCUAACCCCCCACCCCCACCCCAUAAACCCGUAUUUUGGAUCACAGGAACAGUCCAUGCUGUGCAUCUCUUAUUAUAUAAGCACACCUGAAUUCUGUUCAGGCUGGAGCUGGGGGUGGUGAAGGAGGAUGGGUAGUGUGUGGGAUGUUGGAGGUGGGAUCUUUAGCUAACUCAUACUCCUCCCAAAUGGACAGCUUGACACACCUUGCAGCAGUCUGAUUUUUGUUGGCUUUAUUGACCAUGUCCUGGUAUUACUGGCCUCAACAUUUUUUUUAGAAUACAAGUUAAGUUUGGGAUUACUGAAAAUAAAAUUGUGCUUAUGCUCAAGGGUCUGGACUCCUCCUGGCCCCAGGAAAUCCAAGUGCAUUAUGUGAUAUAUGUAGCAUGUGCAAAUUGAGGUUUGCUGAUCCUUGAUUGGGCUGAAAACCCAUCUCCUGCAGCUUCUGGGAUUCUAGCAGGCCUUGUACACACACUUUAAAACAUGGCUUUGCAGUAAGGCAGGGGUGGGGACACCUGUUGCUGAAAUGCAACUCCCAUGGGCUGAUGGGAGGUAGUUCAGCAACAUUUGGAGGGCCGCAAGUGCCACCCCAUGCAAUAAGAGUGAGAGGGAGGGUAGACUUGCUAGAAGCAGCAGCUUACGCCCAAUGCCAAUUUCCUUGUGUUUCCUUCAUUCUGUUAAAUUGCAGAAUACCCACAGUCCUGCUUAUCAUAACUGUCACUGAUUGACAGAAAAUCUGAAGCUUCAAAAUGAAGAGUGGUCUGCAAAGGCCCCCUGCAAGGAGGUGGGAAUCCUGGAAUGGGUUGUUUCUCCCCCUUGCUCUGCUAGGCAGGUCAUAUCAAAUGUCUAUACCCUCAUAUCAGAGGGCGACUUCUCCAGUUCCUUCCUGCCCAGCUCUCAGCACAGGAUGUGCAUGGAGCCCCAUUCCUCUGAGCUUGCUUCUCACCCCAUCCCUUCCUUGUGGAGCAAACCCUUUACACCCCAGUUCAUGCUCUUUCUCCUUUUAGGUGAAACUGGACUUUGUGGCACCAGCCACUGGGACUCACAACUACACCCUCUAUUUCAUGAGUGAUGCCUACAUGGGCUGCGACCAGGAGUACAAGUUCAGUGUGGAUGUAAAGGAGGCAGAGAGUGACAGCGAUACUGAUUGAGCUGGGCCUGUCUUGUAUGAGUGCAGUUCUGAGCCUCCAUGGACUGGGAUGUCCACAAUAUCUGCUUCUAGAGACGUUUGUGAACUUCUGCUUCCUGCUGGCUGGAGAGUUAGGUUACUCCGUACUUGACUGUUUCUGUUCACUUUCAACUGGCAUUCGAGAAAUUACCUCUGCCCUUCCUCUUUUGUUUUGUUUUUUUUAACUGAGCAACUCAAAAAGUUUUGUGCACAGUAUUUUUAUGUGAGUGGACUCAGUUGGUUCUGCUGUGUUCCUACUUGUUUUCCCAAAUAAAGAUAUUUAGGAACAGC